GCGGGGAAAGAGGCGCGAGAGGGAGGCGCCCGCGUGCGGACGAUGGGCGUGGGUUGUGCGCAUGCGUGGUUUCCCUUCUCCUUUUAAAAUAAGCGGCGCACGCGCGCUUAGCGUCCGGCUUUCUGAGUUGUUUUGCAGGCGCAGGAAGGGGCUGGGCUGAAUGUGUCCGUUUGGGAGCGGCGGGAGCCCCGGUUGGCGGUGCUGCUGUUACCAUGGCAACAGGCGGUGCUUCCCGGUGGGUGGCUGUGAGGAGGGAGGAAGGGAAAGGGAGGGGGGUCUUCAGUGGGGGGGGGGGAGGAUGGAAGGUGAGCUCCAGAGAGGCAGAGCUUUAGGGGGACCCCCCCCUUCGCCACCUCUUUCCCUGCACCCGCUUUUAAAUACAUGGAAUAUAAAUGGGGCACCGGGGGGGGGGGAAGGUUAUUGUUUUGUGUUCUUUGUGUGCUUCUUUGUGCUUUUAUUUGUUGUUGUUUAGUCGUUUAGUCGUGUCCGACUCUUCGAGACCCCAUGGACCAGAGCACGCCAGGCACUCCUGUCUUCCACUGCCUCCCGCAGUUGGGUCAAACCCAUGCUGGUAGCUUCCAGAACACUGUCCCACCAUCUCGUCCUCUGUCGUCCCCUUCUCCUUGUGCCCUCCAUCUUUCCCAACAUAAGGGUCUUUUCCAGGGAGUCCUCUCUUCUCAUGAGGUGGCCAAAGUCUUGGAGCCUCAGCUUCAGGAUCUGUCCUUCCAGUGAGCAUUCAGGGCUGAUUUCCUUGGAGAUCAAAACCUCAAAUGGAGAGGUUUGAUCUUCUUGCAGUCCAUGGGACUCUCAAGAGUCUCCUCCAGCACCAGAAUUCAAAAGCAUCAAUUCUUCGGCGAUCAGCCUUCUUUAUGGUCCAGCUCUCACUUCCAUACAUCACUACUGACUGCCCUGUGAUCCUCGGAUGAAGGGGCAGUGUGCAAAUCUAUAACCUAUUUUUUUCUAGAAAAAGAGGUGCCAGAACUCAUCAGGAACACCUCCUUCUUUUUCUCUUAGAAAGGCAACAGCACGCACCUGACAGGCCGUCCGGAACUGUUCCAGCGAGUUCUGGCUGGGGGAAAAAAGCCCUGAAUCAUCAUCAUCAUCAUCUUAUUAUUUGUACCCAGCCACCUUGGGCAGCUUCGGACAAAUAUCAAAACAUAAUAAAGCAUCAAACAUUUAAAACUUCCCUAAACAGGGCUGCCUUCAGAUGUCUUCUAAAAAUCAGAUAGUUACUUAUUUCCUUGACAUCUGAUGGGAGAGUGUUCCACAGGAUGGGCCCUGGUUCUAGGUAGCUUCACUUCUCACAGUGAAGGAACCGCCAGAAGGCCCUCGGAGCUGGACCUCAGUGUCUGGGCUGGACGAUGGGGAUGGAGAUGCUCCUUCAAGUGUACAUUUGACAGUCGAACAAACAAAUUAAGCGAACUUUCAGAUGGCAUACCUUUGGAUACAGCCAGCACUGGAUUUACGGCAGUGUGGGCGACAGAAACAGAAUUUUUCAUUUGACAGACCUAAGUCCGGUGAAGCCUAGAACAGUUCUUUAAUUCUAAAGUGUUUGCAUGCCUAGGACCCCUUGUGUUCAUCUUGAGGAGAUGACAUUUUCCUUGUGGUUCAAGGGGUUGAGUGCCUUUAUAGAUGAAUACCAUGUCUUCCUUCCCCAAGGAACUUGGAGGUAAUUAUUGCCUUCUGUGAAGCCAUCUGAAAUUGUCGUAACCCAUGUAGAAGUAGAGGAACAUAAGACUCUUGCACUCUAUCCACAUCCCAUUUCAGGAUCUCUGUUAACUCUGCAACCUUUGCCGUAUAGGGAUAUGGCAGAGAGGGAAUUGUGUCUGUGAACAAGAGCCUUACGAUCCUUCUAUACAAGUUGGUUGGAUCACAGUUUAGUUUUUUCUCUGUAGGAUGUCAUUUCAGAUAGACUUAACAGUUGCCUACUGUGCAUGUUUUUCUUCUCAGAUCAUCUGUAAACAAAACAUCCCUUGGCACGCGAGGAUGACAUGCAGUACCCCUUUGUUUAAAUGGGUGAAGGGGGUUAUCUUUUGAGCAUCUUGUACAUUUUGUCAUAAAAUGUACAUAAAACGUCAUGGUGUUCCAUUGCACCAGAAGCAGUUUAGUCAUGCUGGACAAACGCUGGCUCUCUCAGCCUGAAGCGAGAUGAGCGCCGCAGCCUGUAGUCCCUUUUGACUGGACUUAACCUUCCGGGGUCCUUUACAUUUACCUUUAAUUUUGUCAUAAUCACAGCAAUAAGUGAUUGAUAUCCUAAUCCUUGCACCUGUGUUUCCCUUUUCUCCAUUUGCUAUGUGUGAAAUUGUGGGUCAUCUUGUGUUUUGUUUCAUAGAAACUGACGCCUGUGCCGUGAGCUGUUAAUGGAAGUGGAAGAGACGUCUGGUGUGAACAAGAGUUAUUCUGAUAGCCUCACUGCUGGUGACAUUCUCGUCCGCUCCACCAGCUUCCCCAUGAAAAAGAAGCCCAUUGACCCUCGGACAGCUGUGUCCGCUGACAGCAAGCCUGCUACUUGCACCAAGAAAAGAAUACGCAUUUCUGUGAAGAAGCUUCGGGAAGUGCCUCCACCCCGUCGUCCAGAAUGUGCUGUGUUGACAGUUGAUGGUGCAGCUGAUAUUCCGCCAGCAUUGUUGGCCAACAAACCUGCAUCUCAUAAGCCAACAGCAGCAACCUCUGGAGAUGUAACGGAGGGUAUGUCUGUAGCCCUGCGCAGUUUUAAUUUUUUUGAAGUUAGUCAAAAACUUCAUUUGUUAUCGGUUGUGGUUUGUCUGAGGCUGUUGUCUCUCUAUAGGUCAUAACUAGUACAGAUUCUGUCAAAUAUGUUCAUUUAGCUGAUGAGGAAAAUGUCCAGUAUAUUAUGAAUGUUGGUCGUCAACUCCCCAUCACAUUUAUUUAUUCAGAUCAUUUGUACCCCUCUCUUCAGCCAAAAAUGCUUCCAGAGUGGCUUACGUGAAAUCAAAACAAGUCGCCCCUAACCGUGGGCUUGCAUACAUACAUACAUAUAAACAAACAAACAAAUCUAUCAUAUCUAUUUGAUCACAUCUGGUUUUGUCUUCUCUUACUUUCCCUUUGCAUUGUCAGAGUGGUGACAGAUUCACAGCCACUCUGACCACCUUUACAGUGGUACCUCGGGUUACAGAUGCUUCAGGUUACAGACGCUUCAGGUUACAGACUCCGCUAACCCAGAAAUAGUGCUUCAGGUUAAGAACUUUGCUUCAGGAUGAGAACAGAAAUCACGCAGUAGCGGCCCGGCAGCAGCAGGAGGCCCCAUUAGCUAAAGUGGUGCUUCAGGUUAAGAACAGUUUCAGGUUAAGAACAGACCUCCAGAACGAAUUAAGUUCUUAACCCGAGGUACCACUGUACUGUGUUUUAUCUGAGGUAAGAGAGACUUCCUAGUAUGAGGCAGCUAUGUCCUUGGAAGACUUGAACAUAAGAACAGCACUCCCCUGUGGUUUCCAGCAACUCAUAUUCAGGAGCAAUGCUGUGAGGCAGAGCAUAGCCAUCAUGAGUUUCUAGGUCCAUGGGCAAACAUUGUUAAGUUAAACUGCAGUUGUAUUGCCAGGCGUGCUGUGGCUUUUCAGUUGCUCCAAGUGGGUGUAGAUUGGUUGAGUGAUUCUGGAGGAUUUCAGUGAAGACGGGACGGUGUUUGCUGUUUAGCUUAACGGAUUAUAACCUACAUUACAAUGGUAUGUGUUGAUGGCAUGUACAGGCUCUGUAGUUCUCUUUAGUACUCUGCUUAUAGGAAGAUUGUUUCCUCGGAGAGACAAUGCCCCUGUGAUUCUGGACAGAUAGAAAUAAUAGAGCAUGUGCCUCUCCAGUGCCUAUAUUAUAGAGACAUUCAUAUUAGCCUCAUCUCCCCACUACUCCAUAAGUACCCAGCGCACACAGGACAAUUCUAUACCUCCCUGCUGCUUUCAGAUACCAACCCUGCUACAACAUACAGUGGUACCUCAGGUUAAGUACUUAAUUCGUUCCGGAGGUCCGUUCUUAACCUGAAACUGUUCUUAACUUGAAGCACCACUUUAGCUAGUGGGGCCUCCUGCUGCUGCCGCGCCGCCGGAGCCCGAUUUCUGUUCUUAUCCUGAAGCAAAGUUCUUAACCUGAAGCACUAUUUCUGGGUUAGCGGAGUGUGUAACCUGAAGCGUAUGUAACCUGAAGCGUAUAUAAUCCGCGGUACCACUGUACAGUGUUGCCAGGUUCUGCACGGUAGCGUUCAAAAUUCGUUGGUUGAUGACCUGCGCCACAAACUAGAUUUAAUGAACACCCAUAUCAGAGUGCUUUGUAAAUUGAUAGUCAUAGCCUUUUACUGUAUAUACUAACCUUUUGAGCUCUUCCGCAUCCGUUUAAUGCUCCUAACCCUUCUUUUAGCUUCUUUUAGAUUCUUAUCGUCUUUUAUAUAUACCCUCUCUUUUAAUAAUUUUAGCUUUCCAAUAUGUUUUACAGAUUUUAAAUGAUUGUACCCCACCCUACUUAUGCUGCUCUAUGACCGUAAUAAAGGUUUGAUUGAUUGAUCAGUGCUCUGCAAGUAUGAGCGCUAUAAGCAAGAUAGCAGUUAAUCGAGAUAUAACCCAGUGAAUUGACAUUUCUUCUAGGUGUUGUAAGCAGGUAUACCGGUAGACAUUCAGAACUACUGUCAACUGAAAAAGAUAGCGAGCCCUCAGAGUUACCUCCAGAGGUAAGCACAGUGGUAUUCUGUUCUUCGGUCUACAGAGGAUAUUUCAUAUGCUUGUUCCCAUACGCCUUGCUUACCAAAUAUCAGAAGACUGUCCAUUUGUAUUUCUCUUUUGCAUAUUGCCUUUGUGUCUGUAUUGCAACCACCACCCAAGAUGAGUUUUAUCAGCUUCACAGUAUUGUAAUUCUGAAGUGACAGCUGUCAAACUGAAAUAUGUUGAAAAUGUUUCUGGGUGCUUUUAAGGACUUGUAAUUUGUGAUAGCUGAGACAAAAUUGUUCUGCCUUUCUUUUUACUUCAUUGUUUCCCUCUCCUUUUAUAACCUUAGUGUUUCAUUUUCUUAAACUUCUCUGCAAACCAUGUUUAGAAGCUUUUAAAAACAGCAACAACUGAGCUGUUAAGAUGUUUGCAGCCUGGCAAUUGUACUGGAGGCUUUGCAGGUCAAAUAUUGUCGAUUGCUGCUUUAAAUGUACCUAUUCAGCAUAUCUGCUAUAUAUUCUAUACAUUUGGCACAUAAGGAACAGUUAUAUAGUAAUAAAACCAGACCUUAAAAAUGAACAGAUUUAUUGUGAUUUAAGCAGAUGGCAUAAUGCUACCCUCUGGAAUUAAAUAACAGUGUGAUUUUAUUUGAGAAAUAUAAAAUACAUGAAAGCUUAUUUUAUAUUUCUCUCUUACCUUCUCAUCCCUCCCCCCCCCCCCCCCAAGCAGGCUUAUUCACACGACACUGUAGUACACAUUCCUUCACAAGUAAAAGAGGAUGGCAGCAAACAAAAAGGUAAUGCAACUCACUCCUUUGCAAAUGCGCUCUGAAACUAGCAAUGGUGUUUAUUACUAGGUAAAUGUGCAUAGGAGUGCAACUUUUGUUCCUGGUUUUAUUUGUCCUUUGGGGACAAUUUCCCCCAUAUUUCGGGGAAUAUUUUAAAUACUGAAGAUGAAAACGAGCAUUUAUCGAAGUAGUCAAGUACACAAAAGGUAUACAAUGGUAGCAGUGUUGGGGACGUGAAUGAGGGAAAGGAAGAAGUCAACACUUCCGGGUUCUUUUGAGGCAACUUCUGGGUUCUUUCCAUCUUUCUCUACUAUAGAAGCUGGCAGAGAGGGAGGGCAGAUGUCGAUGGGGGGGGACAGCAUAAUGGACACCACAGUCGCUCAGGCACAAUGUAAAUUAAGUUUCAUAAUCGAUCAAUGCGGCAAAAAUUCAAUGGCUUCAUGUGAUAUUUUUGUCCAUAACUUUUAGGUGUGACUUGAGCUGUUAACAGUUAAAAUCUUAGUGUUCUGAUUGUGCUGCAAUGUUGUGUGCCUAACAGUAGUUGUCCGGAAUCUGCUUGAAAGCAGGGUUUCGGUUACAAUGUUAGAGAAAUUCCAGAUUCAAAAUAAAGCCUGGUCUCCAUAAAUUCUGGUAUUAUGAUGAUGAUGGGAAUUUUAAAUCCCGCCCUUCCUCCCAAAGUUGCCCAGGGCAGCGCACAGCAAAAUGUUAUGUUCUGUGCGAGGUUGUGAUAAGGUGACAAGUGAGCCCAAGAUCUGAUCUCCAUCUUUGUAGAGAUUCUGAUGAUAAGUGGUAUCCGAAUAGGCCUUUGUUUUCUUUUUGUAAGGUUGUGCUUUGUUUAGAUUCUAAUGAGUAUAGUUUCUUCUGUUUUUUUGUUCCACAUUAGCUGACAUGUUUAUUUCCCAGUAUGAUACUGGGCAGAAGGAGGCUGUAAGAGCUGUAUUCAAGCAGAGGUAAGGAAGCAAAUGUUGAAUGCUUCUGUUUACUUGAUUCCAUCUAUGAAUUCCUUAAUGGCUCAAAAGUGUUACUGCUGUCUACUAAUAUGCUGGGGACACAGUGGGUAGAAUCGCUGGAGAAAACUGGCAGCAUUGAAAGCUUCUUAUGUAGGGAUCUUCUUAUGUGCUGUACCACUGAGCUUUGUAUGCAGGUGGUGGGAAUUAACUUUCUGCCUAGAACCCUGGAGAGCUCCUGCCAGUUGCAGCAGCCCAGGGGCGCAUUUGGAAAUGCAGUCAUACCUCGUGUUGCGUUAGGUGCAUGCUGUGUCUUUUCAUCUUGCGAACACGGCAAACCCAGAAGUGUAUACUUCCGGCUUUCGCCGCAUGUGCAGACGUGUUCUGCACUCUUUGCACAUGUGCAGAAGCGGUCUAUUGCGCUCCGUGCUUGCGCAGAAGCGCCGCUCUAGUUGCGGACUUUUCGCACCCCGGAAUGGAUCGUGUCUGCAACUAGAGGUACCACUGUAUUUUUAAAAAAUGAAGUGGCCUCUCCAGGGUGCAAGCCUGGGCAGUGUGUCUGGAGGUCCUGAGCUGCCCUGAUGACAAGACCCCCCCUUCUCAGCCUCGCUGAUGUGGUCCAAAGGAAAGGAAAGCAAGAUGUUUGGUGCCAGCUUGGUUGCAGGAGUUGCCAGAAGGCAGUAUACAAGGCGUCACCCAACUGCCUUAUGGGCUCCAUUCUGUAUUUGUGCAUGGUUUACUCCUGAGCCCUUUUUCUUCUCCCAAAGAUGUCCCGCAAGGCAGAGGGUUACUGCAUGAGCACUACAAAAUGCCCAUUUUACUGAAGUCAAAUUUGUGAUAUUAGGAACCAUCGCCCAAACAGAAGCCCAAACACACUCAGAAUAAAAUAAAACACAGCCAAAAAGAGCAGGCAAUCUCCAGACUCAAAAAUUUAAAAAAGGCAGGGGUAUACUUUGAGGCUUCAAGAAGUAGACGGAUUGUAGAGUUCGAAAGCACCCCAAGGAUCAUCUAGUCCAACCCCUGCAAUGCAGGAAUCCCAACUAAGAUGAACAAGUAGUAUGUCCUGGUGUAAAACAUCUUACUUCAUGUACCAGGUUUGAAGUGACAUUAGUUCACUGAAAAUACUUUUAGGGGGGGGGCAGGAGUGGCUCUUACAAAAGAAAAUAAUAAAAACACUUUUCCAUGCCUGUUUUGUAUAUUUAGAAUUCAGACUGUUCCUGUAUUUAAAGAGGUGAAGGUCCAACUGCUGGAUGAUGUAUGCUCUGACAAAAAGGACAGUACCAAGUCAACACAAAGUGAGAUAGAGUCAGCUACAACCAUCGCAGCUGCCACAGCAGCAGCUAUAGCUUCUACAGCCCCACUUUUCAAAGUAAGUAACUGGCUUCAUUAUUUAUUUGUUUAAAAAAAUAUUCCCUGCCUUUCCCCUCCAUGAAACAACUUGCAAAUAUUUUAAAAAAUGUAAACAAACCUUUGUAAGCUUCCUGUAGAAACUAAACCCUCCAAGAUUUUUUCUUGGGGGUGUGGGGGGGUGUUGAAAGGUGCAUGCAUGUGUGUGUGCUGGAAAUAGUAUCUAGAUCUUGUUUUCAGAAAACCUGAAUUCCCUUUUUACCAAACAUACCGCUUAGAAAUUGGAGGGUAGCCCUCCAGUUCCUUGGACCAGACUCAGCCAUGUUAAAGGGCAGCUUUUCUUGCAACCCAAGGACAACCAUCUAGGCUUGGGGGAGAGAAGUUCUGGCCUUCACAACUUUUGGCUUGCGUCUUUCCCUCCAGGUCCAGAGCGACUUGGAAGCAAAAGUGAGCUCUGUGUCCGAAAUGCUUACCAAGUUGCAGGAGACAGACAAACAGCUGCAGCGUGUUGCAGACCAGCAAGCCAUCUUGAAGGCUCAACAGCUUGAGGGGCCCCCUUGCCACCAGAGAGUCGGCGAACUUGAAAAGCAGAUGAAUCAGUUCAUGGAACAGCGAAUUCAGCAUCUGGAAAAUUUGCAGCAGCAGCAAAUGAAUAUUCAGGUACUGGCAUCAUCAUCAUCAUUAUUAUUAUUGUUUUAUUUGUACCCCAGCCGGAGCCGGGCUCAGGGCGGCUAACAUCAUGAAACUAAGACAGUAUACAAAGAGCAUAAAAACAGGCAUUCAAUUAGUUAAAAUACAUUUUGAAAUUAGUUCAGAGCAAAAUCUGGACAGAUGGCGGUCCAUGGGUAAAAUUGAGAGUGGUUAAUAUUCUCCAGAGCCAACUGGUACCACUGGUCUUAUAAAGGACCUGUGAGCGGGCUAGGAGGCCUCUUUAAUGCUUGUUCUUAUACAGAAAGAGAAGAAUCAGACUGAACCCCAACCAAAGGCCUGGUGGAACAGCUCCGUCUUGCAGGCCCUGCAAAAAGAUGUCAAAUCCUGCAGGGCCCUAGUCUCUUGUGAGAGAGCGUUCCACCAGGCCGGGGCCACGACCGAAAAGGCCCUGGCUGUGGUUGAGGCCAGCCUAACCUCUCUGUGGCCUGGGACCUUCAAGAUGUUUUUGUUUGAAGACCGUAAAUUCCUCUGUGGGACAUACCAGGAGAGGCGGUCCCGUAGGUACGAGGGUCCUAGGCCAUAUAGGGCUUUAAAGGUUAAAACCGGCACCUUAAACCUGACCCUGUACUCCACCGGGAGCCAGUGCAGCUGGUAUAGCACCGGAUGAAUGUGCUCCUGCAGCGAGGACCCCGUGACGAGUCUCGCCGUAGCAUUCUGCACCCGCUGGAGUUUUGGGGUCAGUUUCAAGGGCAGCCCCACGUAGAGCUAGUUACAGUAGUCAAGCCUGGAGGUGACCAUCGCAUGGAUCACCAUGGCGAGGUCAAAAUGUAGAACCCUCUUGUUUCAUUUAAUGAGAAUAUUCUUUACAUCACCCCUGGCUACAAUUUUUAAAUGUAACUGCAUUAAGGGAACUUGUUUUGGUUUAAUGUGCCUUUAUGUUGCUCACCUUAUGCUGCUAUGCACAUUAACAACCCAUGGUUGGAUCCCAAGGAAAGGGGGCUGGUGGGGCCACCUUAGCUUGUCCCACCCGAUUCAGCAGGCUCUGGUGGGAAAGGGGGGAAGCAACGUUUGCCAGCCCACUUCUGCAAGCUCUUCUCAAGAUCCAACCCACAAAAACACACAGAAUGGCACCCUUAGGAGGAGAUACACUGUUCCUGUAUAUGCUCCAUAGGGUUGGGGGAGGGUACCCCCAGAACAGAUAUGGGGUGAGGAAGCAGAGGGGGAGAAUGUUCCCUUAUGCAAAGAGAAAUCCUUGCAACCCUUAAGAAAUAAGCUUCUUGACCUUCCUCCCAAAGGAGCCUGGGGUGCCAAGCAGCAUAACAGGCCAACAGCACAUUAUAAAUAAAUAAAUGAAACAUUUGGAAUUGGUCGAAUGUCCUCGCAACUAAUAUUCUCAUGGUUGCCAGGAACCUUUCACCCAACAAAUGGCGGGAUGAACAGGGAUGUUUAAAAAUCCCUCUUGAAUGUCAAUGUGGUAAACAAAGGCACCUCACCAGGGAAGACAUUCCGCAAAUGGGGAACUGUUUCCAAGAAGACCCUUGAAUAAAGGGAGGGAGGUCUUUGGAGUCUAGGGCUAAGCUGGAGGCCAUGUGGGCAGCCCAUAGAGGUGGGCAGAGCCCCUGAGCUACAGGCGAGUAUUUAUGAUAUUUUCUCUGCAACUGAUACUGUCUUUUUUGCGCACGGAAGUUCUUGCCAAGCUAUUCCUGUGUUUGAACUGAAACCUCUUUCUCCCAGUCCCGUUUGAUUAGCUCUGCACUGAACUCGGGUGGCUUCCAAGAUGUCAACACAGCAGCUUCCAAAAGAACGGCAACACAUGCCAUGAAUGCAGGCAAGCCUCUUACUGACCCUGUCUCUGCUUACCAGCAUGGUUUUUUUCCUUCCAACGCCAUACCUGCACAAGGUGAGAGGCACUGGGUUGCUCUGAUUCAUAUAGAACUGCAAAGCAGUUAAAAGUCAGUUAAAAUUGUGUGUUUUCUAGCUCUUGUCAUCUUCAAUUUAAGACUCCAUAAAAAGUAGACCAGGCAUGAGAUUAGGAUUGCUUAAUGCCCCAAAGCAAUAAUGGCAAAACUAAUUCUUGCCUUUAGAGGCCUGUUUAGCUCAGUUAAGACCACACCAAAACAUGGUUAAAAUUAAUCAUAGUUCAGAACCCAAACUAUGAUGUGAGCUUCCAGCCAUGGAAUGGCUAAACCAUGAUUGUCUUCUCAGAUUCCUAAAUUCACGUCAUGGUGUAGCAGCCUAUGGUGGCAGAGCAAUGGCCAUGAUCCUAACACCAAACCCACUUCAGAUCGCGGUUUGUGGUUUGCCAGCAAUCAUAAAUGACGGUUUUUCAGUUGAGACAUCUCAAUACUUAUGCCUCCAUAACCAAGGGUUGCUGUGACUUCUGGAUCAGAGUCCCUGUGUUGAAAUGCAAAGUAGUGAAAAAAGUAAUGGAGAGGUUUGUGUAGCUGCAGCUACUGAAUAGUAGCUGGGUUCUAGUAUGAACAGAAUAGUGAACUGUGAAUAUUCUGUCUGUGAAUAGGUUAAAUGUCCCAGCUGGAAGACAGGAGAGACAAAAGGGCAUAACUUCAGCAAUCUCUUUCUUUCAUCCCCACUUCCCUCUGUUGGUUUCUACUGACUACUGAAAGGUUUCUUAAAUUGAAAGAUCGCUUCUGAAACAUGUUCAGGUUUGGGCAGAUCUCCACAAGUCCAUAACUCUGGAGCAGUCACCAAGCACGUAUUGUAGCUCAUGACAUGUGUUUUAAGUACUUAUGAAACAGAUGGGCAUGACUAUAAUCUGGCACUUGCUUCUUUCCAGAUAUCCAGCUCUGUUUUGCAAAAUGUGUGUUUUCUUUAUCUGACAAGUUGAGACUGUUCUAUCUUGAGGAGGUUGUUUUAACCGCUGGCAUAAUUCUGGUGAUUUGCUUUUCACUGCUCACUCUCUUUAAUAUGCCUUUUUCUAAUUGGGCAAACCUAUCUUCCCACAUUCCAGCAUGUUCCCGGAAACAUGAAAGCCGUGGUAUUAGUUCGCAGAAGACACCAGCACCACGCAGAUACGCUCCUGUGCCGGUAUCUAAAGAUACUAAAAUCUCACAGAAACUGGCAAAGAGAGAACAACCGGUUGGAGAAAAAGAAAAUGUGCAACAGUCAACUUGUGGAAGAACUUUGGGUGAGCUCUAGGAAGCUUCAGAGCUUCUCUUGCUCCUUGUUGAUGUGGAUCUGCCCACUUGCUGUUGUUUUCCCACAACCAUGACUAUUCUCGCCUACAUCAACAGUGCUCUGGUUGGCAUUAGAUGUAUCGUUGUUUUUUAUCAGCACCACUCGAGACUUCACAGUUUUCAAGCAUUUCACACUCUUUGAAUGUGUAUUAGGCUUUUAUACUAAGUAAGCCUUCCAGCUUGUCCAUUACAGCUCAAAAAGAGUAUCAGAAAAGAGUAUCGGGUCAGGUUUAAGGUGUUGGUUUUGACCUUUAAAGCCCCUUGUGGCUUAGGGCCCUCGUAUUUACGGGACCGCCUCUCCUGGUCUGCCCUGCAGAGGACCUUAAAGUCCAUGAAUAAUCAUAGUUUAGAGGUCCCGGGCCCUAAGGAAGUCAGAUUAUCCUCCACCAGGGCCAGGGCCUUCUCAGUGAUGGCUCCGACCUGGUGGAAUGCUCUGUCCCAUGAGACCAGGGCCCUGCAGGAUUUAACCUCCUUCCGCAGGGUCAGUAAGACAGAGCUAUUCCGCCUGGCCUUUAAUUUGAACUUAGCCUGAUCUUUUAUUCCCCUUCCUUCCCUCCCUCUCCCCUUUUUAUGAAGAUUACCCGCUCUGGGAUCCCACAGCUAAUUUUCCCCUGGUCUCCUCACUAGCCCAAAUAGGACUAAUUUAGCCAGCUAUCCCUGGUGAUCAUCUAAUGUUUAUUGGAUGGAUUUCCCCCCUACUGUAUUUUAUGCUGUUUUUUGUUGCAUCAAUUAAGUGUUUUAAAUUUGUUGUUAGCCGCCCUGAGCCCAGUUUUCUGAACAGGGAAGGGCGGGGUAUAAAUAUAUUAUUACUAUUAUUAUUAUUAUUAUUUAUUAUUAUUAUUUACAAUCCCAUAUGUGAAUUUUACAAUUCUCUAGUAUUCAUCAUGUUGCUUCAAUAUUUUACUAAUGCUCAGACAAGUAACAUUAUUACAGCCAAUUUGCUACACGCCUAUCUUUAAAAAUCAGUGGGCAGCAUAUGAUGUCUUCUCACACAUGUGCAUAGAUAUAAUUUAUAAAUACAUAAAUGCUAUUCAUUCUGGGAAGGAAACCAGGAAUGUAACUAUCCCAUACAGUGGUGUCUCGCAAGACGAAAUUAAUCCGUUCCGCGAGUAUCUUCGUCUAGCGGUUUUUUCGUCUUGCGAAGCAACCCGCUUAGCGGAUUAGCGCUAUUAGCGGUUUAGCGGCUAUUAAAGGCUUAGCGGAUUAGCUGCUAAAAGGCUAUUAAAGGCUUAGCGGCUUAGAAAAAGGGGGGGGAAGCGGAAAAAAAAUCUCAAGACUCGCAAGACAUUUUCGUCUUGUGAAGCAAGCCCAUAGGGAAAUUCGUCCUGCGAAGCGCAUUGAAAACGGAAAACCCUUUCGUCUAGCGGGUUUUCCGUCUUGCGAGGCAUUCGUCUUGCGGGGCACCACUGUAUAUGUGUCUCUGUGCGGGCGCAAACACACACACAUUUGAACGUGCGCGCACACUAUACUCUGCCCUAUUCCGCUAUAAUAUGGCAUGCUCUUUUUUCUCAUCUAGGUGGAGGGAGACUUCUAGAGCACAUCUUGAAUUCUCAAGAAACCCCAUUAAGCCAGAGUGCAUCUUCUUGGAACGACCCCAGAAGUGACAAUGUGAUGCCGUGGUGUUUUGGAAGAGAGCAGUAAGCAUCUCCCUUGUUAAAAAGCGAACAGCUUGUAGAUACUUGAUAUCCUAGAAACUAAAUUUGACCUUCAGCGAUAUCUUAAUCUCAGUUCACAUAACGGAAAUAAUAGAAAAUUAAGAGGUUUCCAUUUUUGGUGAUUAAUAUAACACUUCUCCCAUAAUUCCUAGCUGAACUCUGUACAUGCUUGAGACGUGUGUUUCAUGGAAGAGACUGUUUUCUUUAAAAGCCUUGUUUGCAUAGGCAUGAGGUUGAAAAGUACACUUGCAUACUGUGAGCUUAACUGUGCUAAACAGGGCAAACUGACCCUUGAACUUUGUCCGCCUCUUUUGUACCUAGCCUGAACUACUGAAUUAGAAUCAGACAAGUGGAACCCGCAGGAAAAAGUGGUUGUGUAUAUUCCCUCCUAAAAGGAGCACUUGUAUGAUUUCCCCCACCAUUUGAUCUUAGCAGGGCAUUUUUGUCCUCUUUCCAUCCCCUUGCACCUCCACCUAUUUUCCUUUUCCAGGUGACCGUCAACAGUCCCUGGCUGCUGAGCAGGCUCAGUCCUCAUUCAACUGUUGAGAGGGCUGCCCUGCCCCCUUAGGGUUGUUGGGUUAUUUAAAAGUACUUCUUCAAAUCUUGGGGUAACCCCAAGCAUGCUGAUACUUCCACUUACUUCUCAAUGGCCCUUGUUUGGCUACAAUCUACCCACCACCUGAGUUUCCCGUUACAAGGUGUGAUGCUGUGUCUGCAUCCGUUAACCAGUGCAUACAGGCAAAACCUGGGGUAAACAUUUGUUCUCAGUUCCCAUCCAAUGGUCAGGUGUUUUGCUUUAUUUACGCCUCUUGGAUAAUGGCUAUUUUAUUGUCUUGUGUUUGUUUUAAGUGAUGGAGAAGUGUGAAAUUCUCAAAUUGGGCAAAACUUUUGUCUUGUGAACCACCCUGAAACCUCAUGAUGAAGGGCCAUAUAUAAGUCUAAUAAAUAAAAUGAAAAGGGCUAAGUAGCAAAUUGGGUAAAAAAAAUAGUUUUUACCCACACCAGCUCGGCCAACAUAUGGCAGCUUUGGUGGCCAAUAACAUGGCUUUGCUUGAGCGUCUGUUUCCCUGCCUUUCUGGACCUUUUUGUUCUUGUAGGAAUAUGUGUCCCUCUCCAGAGUUGUGUAACUUGAUUCAUAAACGCCCACAAUUUGGUUGGGAUUUUCCCCAAUUCUCAAUAGUAGGUGGUGAAGGCCAACUGCUGGUUCAUUCAGUCUUGAUUCAGCACUUGAAGAAGAAAUGCAGGAGUAAUGAGAACUUUGAAAUAUUUCUUAGUAGCAGAUCAAACAUUCAGCAGACUGAGCCCUUUCCUGUGUCUAAAAGCACACUUCAAGAUCACAACCCAGUUGAGAGAACAGUUAAGAAAGCAGAUGCUGUGCUUCACGAUCUCGGGCAACUGAAACGGGACAUGCAUGACAUCUUGCAGGUAAAGCAAAAUAUGACCAGGUUGCUGAAAUAACUUGAUUGAUUAUUGAUUGAUUGACUAGUUAAUUUCUAUCCUGCCUAAUAUAUUUUAAAAUAUCUCUACAAAAAACUGAAGCAAUAUCAGAUAGCUUAAAUACUACAAAAAAUACACAGUCACAUGUAAAAAUUUUAAAUUAAUACAAAGGUACUAAUAUAUAUAAAUCAAUUCGCUUUCCUUCUGACACUACCUCCCUCUCAGCCUCCGGGUUCUAACACCGGGUCCAAACAAACUCUCAGCUCACCCACAAAAGUCCCCAAAUGAGAAUAGAUCCUGCAAACAGCAGAUAUUGCCCUAGUCUUUCAUUCUAGACUUGCUUGUUCUGGGCAGGCCCAAGAUCCAUGGUCCUUCCUCCGGCUGCCCACACCUGUGUCCCAUCUAGCUGCCCUCUCUCCACCCAGUUCCAGGUGCAGCAGGUUUGCUGAGUUUGCCAGGGGGUCCAAAGGAUGGGAAGAGGGCCCUUCUCCACUCGCAGCUCUUUCUUCACCCUCUGUCCUCUCCUCCAGCUGCUUAACAACAACUUAACAACUUAAUAGUGGGAGAAGUUGAAAUACUUGCAAGCAGGAGCCUGAAAUUUGAACUUGCAGAGGUGAUUUCUGCAAAUGAAAAUGUAGCAGCCAGGAAAUCCAUUUUUCAGACUCUUCUCAGCUCUAAGCAGAAUAAAUAAUGCAAAUGGCAUGCAAUGGCUGUAAUUCAGUGAGCGCCUUACAACUACUGAUGCAUGUUGGCUUAAAAGCAGUCUUUGCUACUUGGGGUUUAGGAGAGAGGGCUUGCCUUCUGGAGGAAAGUGGAUGUUUCUCUGCACAUUCAGUGUAGUGUUGAAUUUGGGCCAGGGGCACCUGGUGUCAGCACUCUGCUAGCCUAUGUAGUUCUUUGGAGCCAUACAGCACUGUUGUGAGGGAACAAUGUGAAAUAGCCUGAGUGCACUCCUGCCCCAAGCUCCUUUUGCUUCUUUCCUGGGUUGCGGAGGCAUUGUUAAUUAUUAAAAGUUGGAUCCACAUUUUAUUGCAGUACAAUAGGCUUUCGUAACUGUUCAGCUGUCCUGUCGAGUUGAACUUCGGUAGGCAUGGAGGGUAACCUAAAGGACGGAAUCAAGAAGAGAACAUUUUCUCUCUCCCAACACAUGAUAAAAUUAGGCCUUCUAGCAUGAUGAAUAAGGGCGUUACUUGAGGGUCACAGAGGUGGUGGUGAUAUUAUGGCCUACAGUAGGAAGACACAAGUGUAUAUUAGAACUCCAUACAGAUAGCCUUGGUGAGAUUUUAACUGAGAGUUCUAGCAUACUUUCUUUCCAGACAAGUUGCUGCGCUCGUCUCUUGCAGCAAAAACAGCUUAGCCCAUCAUCAUGUCAAGCAUCUGACAAAGUGGGCUUGAGUCUGUACAAACUCAUGUCAUAAUAAAUCUGUUAGCCUUUAAGAUGCCUCAUGAUUCUGGUAUACUGUACUUUAUAUCUGUGUAGGGAACUUUAUCCUAAGUGUAACAGAUUCUUUCUCCCCUCUUGCCUUACAGGAUGCAAAGGAGUGGAAGUCGGACAUGAAUAGUAUUAUGAAGGUUCUGUGUCAAUUUGUUUGUUUGUUUGUUUUUAAAUUAUGAAGACAGUGCCUUGGAGCAAUAAAAUACCCUAAAACCAAAUACCUCUAAUCCAGUUUACGGCAACCUGCUGUCCCCCAGAGGUUUUGGUCUACAUAUGACACUGGGGCUGAUGGAGGUUGUAGUCCAUAAUUUCUGGAGGGUUGGCGAAAGGCUCCUUUAAACAUUCCACUGCAGGAUAUGUGAGCAAUGAAAUCACUAAAAACCAUAGUGCCCAGCUGCCUACCUUGAUUCUGCCAUAACCUUAAAAGUGGGGUUUUAAAAGCAGGGCUGGACCAUGUACAACUAGAAAGGCAGACCUGAUGCUUGCAUCUGCCAGGCGUUCAUUGCCACGUAGUUCAUUCCGUUUUUGAAGCCAUCAGCACUCCUGGUCUGUGGCUCCAUCUGGCUUCAUGCACUAGCGGCAAGCUAGCCGGUCGCCAGACUGCAACAGCCUGGGUGCACCUUCAGUAAAACUACAGGCAUUUAAAUGUUCCUGUUCUGUAGUUUGUAUAGGGCCUGGCAGCAAUGCAGUGCUAUAAAGCUCCCACCACCUCUAUUGAAACUUGUGUACCAGUUCCCUAUACCAUGAGAACUAAGAUUCUCCAAAAGGGCUUGGAAGCUGGGGGUGGUGUGGGUGGGUUCUCCUACCGCAAAUGGCGUUUGCCUGUUGCAGACACGUAUUGCAUGGCCGAGUAGUUUUAUUUACUUGUGAAGAUUGCCUUGGGAGUCAAAGGGCCACACUUUCUCCUUUUAAUUUGUAGGCAACCUCGCACUGCAGAGACAUCACCCGACAGAAGGAUCGCCUGCCUCCACAUCAGUCUGUCUGUUCGCUGUGGCCGUCAUCAUCGGAGGUGCUUCUACAGGUUCCCACAACUGUGGUGGGUGGUGAUCGGGGUGCCCUUUCUGCGGAAUGCUCUCCUGGUACCCACAAGGGCUGUGUCCCUGGCACCAGGCAAAGACCUCAUCUCCCCAGACUUUCUGACCCUGGGCUGAAGGCUUUUUGUGCUGCUUCUAAAUUUCUGCCAUGUUGUCUUUAUAGUGGGUGGUUAUUAUAUUUCAUGCUUACAAUUAUUUUAGUAACCUUAUUUAGCCUAGCCAACCCUCACAGGGUGAUUAUGUGGAUAAAAUGGAAAGGGUGGAGAGCCAUGUUCACCACCCUGAUCUCCUUAGAGGAAGAGUGGAAAGGCAAGGGAAGGGAAGGAAAGGAAAGGAAAGGAAAAGAAAGGAAAGGAAAGGAAAGGGUGGUUCCUAUUUGGGACUUCCACCAUCAUGGCUGUGUGAUCAGGAAUGCACAAGAUUGCAGAAGACGGGUGUGCACAGUGAUCUUCAUACAAUGAAAAUUUCCGGUUUUGUGGCUGUUUUCCAGGAUGUUUGAAUCAGCAAUAAAUGAAAAAGUAAAUUGUUAUUAUUAUUAUUUUAUUUCAUUUCUAUACCGCUUUAUAUUUUUAAGAAAAAUCUCAAAGCGGUUCACAGCAUAUUAAACGUCAAUAAAACAAUGCAGAAUCAAACAUUUCCGAAAAAAGUCAAAUAUAAAGUACACAGUCAAAGCAACACAAUUAACAGGAAACCAAAAUACAAUUUCAAAGAUUUCAAAAUAAAACAUUACAAAGGAGGUUAAUUACAGAAUACAUAUUUAACACAAACAACGUUAACAAAAACAAAAUCUUAAACAUUUCAAACGACAAUAUAAGUGAAGCCAAAUAUGAAAUGCACAUUUAAAACAGCAUACUUAGGUAAAGGUAAAGGUACCCCUGCCCGUACGGGCCAGUCGUGUCCGACUCUAGGGUUGCGUGCUCAUCUCGCUCAAGAGGCCGUGAGCUGGCGCCGUCCGAAGACACUUCCGGGUCACGUGGCCAGUGUGAUGAAGCUGCAUCUGGCAAGCCGGCACCAGCGCAGCACACGGAAACGCCGUUACCUUCCCGCUAUAAAGCGGUACCUAUUUAUCUACUUGCACUUAAGGGUGCUUUCGAACUGCUAGGUGGGCAGGAGCUGGGACCGAAAGACGGGAGCUCACCCCGCCGCGGGGAUUCGAACCACCGACCUUACGAUCAGCAAGUCCUAGGCACUGAGGUUUUACCCACAGCGCCACCCGCGUCCCUAUAAACAGCGUACUUACCAAGAGAAUAAAAUAUUAUAAGUGUGACAUGGCUGUUUGGCAGGCACAAAAAGAUGGGGCAAAAGAAUCCAAUAAUUAGGAUUUGUUGUCAGGCAUAGCGAUGUCCCUCCAGUCUCCCCAAAAUAAUACCCAAGGCUUUGUUUUGGUUUUAACUGGAGUUGACAAUACUGGUGUCGAACGGAGGGCAGUUGCUUCCAUUAAGCACUGCUGACCUUAUCAGGGUAUCUGGCUGAUCAGCACUGAGGACAGUCCUGAAUAUUUGAACCUCUGAUCCCAUUUUGUUUGGAUUUUAGCAAAAAUACCCUGUUGCCCCAAGCCUUCCAGAACUCCAGGAGCUUUCGAAGUCAGCCAUUCUUCAGUCAACCAUGGCUUCCAAAUCCAUACUGAGGGAUGCUGAAAAGAUCCUGAGAGCAGUGCGCAAGAACAAGAAGCUCCUUGAAGAAAACCUGGAAGCCAUUAUCCGUGCCAAGGAUGGGAAUGCUCUGCACGCCUUCAUUGAUGAGUUGACAGCAGACAGGUAGAGCUCUGUGGCAGUUGUUUUCAAUCCUGUGUUGAUAUACCUAAAUGCCAGCAGCAAAUACUGUAUUAGGCAAGCUUGGUGGUUUCAAAGUUUUUAGUUUUGUUCACUAGAUGCAAGUAAAAAAACCAAACCCAUCCUAAAUUAGAUCACUUCCUUCUCUCAUCUAGAGAUGUCCUAGAAGAGAUACGAAUCAGAAAGUCUGUAGAUGAGUGGAUUAAGACAAUCAGCAUGGAAAUCCAGGUAUGGCUUUUAAGAACCACCUAUUGAUACUUAAGUCUUCAUUUUUUAAAAAGCUAUAUUGAAGGGGAAAUCAUACAAAAGAGAAAGUGCAUGUCGUUACAAAUUAGAAGGCCAGAUAGUUGAAAGAGUCCAUCAGUGAUUUUGGUUGAAAGCUGCUCCCUUGCUGUCCUCUAACCUUACCAGCUGCUUUUACAUUUUGCCUUUAGGAUGAAAUGGCAAGGAAUGAUGUCCUCGGGGCACAACGGGCUGUCAAGACAAUGAAAGCCAGCAGAGAAACACAUGCAAAAUCUCAGUACCCCACGGGAAUCCCAACUAAAAGGCAUUUGCCUGCAGCAAAGCCCACUCCAGUGCUAGCAGAUAAGGUGAGACUGCAGAGUUUGGGAACAGUCAGGGAUUCUUAGCUCUGCCAGCAACCUCCAUGGACCAAGGUUUGGACCAACCAUAGUAUAAAUGCUAGAAAUUAUGCUCUCCUCUCUCUCUAAAAAAUAAAUAAAUAGUAUAUUUUCCCUGCUGUAGCUCAGGGCAACUGAUUUCAGGGACCUUGGGUUGAGGAACACAUUCUCCAGGUCUGGAUUCUCAUAUAGCCGAGCUUGUCUUUUUUGGUUAUGCAUUUGGAUACCUCUUAAGUUGUUGUAACCAAAUUUGCAUGGUGGUUCCUUUUUGGAUCAAGGUGGCAGGCUGAACCUUUUGAAACUGCACUGAUUUUAAUCACCGAUUUCAGAAAUGCACUGGGGUUUUUUGUUUGUUGUUUUUUUAAUUCCCAGGCAACGACAAGUACAAAGCCAUUGGUGGUGUAAGCCAGCCUGAGAGCUUUGCUGAAGAUCUAGGUAUAAAUCCCUAUAAACAAAUGCGGCAUCGCUUGCAUCAUUUGCUGGUGCCCUUUUGCUCAAGCACCAUGUCUGCCAAUGGUGCUGCACAAAUAAAUAGCAGUACAGUGGUACCUCGGGUUACAUACGCUUCAGGUUACAGAUGCUUCAGGUUACAGACUCAGCUAACCCAGAAAUAGUGUUUCAGGUUAAGAACUUUGCUUCAGGAUGAGAACAGAAAUCGUGCUCCGGCGGCAGCAGCAGGAGGCCCCAUUAGCUAAAGUGGUGCUUCAGGUUAAGAACAGUUUCAGGUUAAGAACGGACCUCCGGAACGAAUUAAAUACUUAACCCGAGGUGCCACUGUAAUUGUAUCCUACAUUUGCACCCCACCUUUUUCCGAAACGCUUGGAAUAGUUAAUCCCGUUUUAUUCUAGCAACAACACUGAGAGGUGGUUAGGUUGAGAGAGUAAGUUGACCAAGGCCAUCCCAUCAGGUAUUUCAGGCCAAGUCUCUGCCAUCCAGAUCCAACUCUCUCUCUCUCUCUCUCUCUCUCUCUCUCUCUCUCUGCCAGCAUGUUGCCUUUUUUAUUAAAAAGUUUCAGAGUCAUUUUCUGUUUUUUGCAGGGGCCUCCGAAAAGAUGGAUGGGGGCACGAAAUGAAGAUUAUCUCUCUCAGAUAUAUGGCCGGCCGAUUUACCAGGGUCACAGGAGCACACUUAAGAAAUCCCCGUACCUGAGGUUCAACUCGCCUUCUCCCAAAUCAAAGCCUCCAAGACCUAAACUGAUAGAGAGUGUUAAGGGUAGGUAAAACGCCUUCUCCACCCGCACCCUAAAAACCAAUGUUUCAAACGGUCUGCCUUCAUUUCCUGUUUAAACGUUCUUUCUCCUUGAUCUUUUAAGAAGUCUUUAUGGCAGUUUCAUUGGCAUUGCUUGGGGUAAGUGGCAGGUUGGUGGGGCUCAUUAGCGUGGGCCCUGUUAUCCAUUUUGAGGAUGUUUAUGGGAUUGAGAGACUCUGUUGAGCCUUCCAUUCUCCCAGAAUUUCAUAAGAGCAAGCUUCCUUUGGCUCCAUGAAAGGACAGCUCCACUUAGGCAGGUCAUGGCACUGAACCAGUUCCUAACAUGUAGGGUCUGAGCCCAGGGGCCAGUGGUGCUUGUGCCCUGUGCAUGCUUCCCCCCCCCCCACAGCUGGAUGAAUGGAAAGCUGACGGCCCUCCAUUCUUUAAGCUGAGAUGCAAAGAAAACCACAGUGUGACAACCAGAGAAAUUACAUUUUUAGGUUCCAUGUUUUAGACCUCUGAAGCUUGCUUAAAGCAGAGGUUCCCAAACUUAAUUGGCCUAGCGCCUCCUUUUCAGAAAAAAUAAUUACUCGGCACCUCCCUGGAAAUCUACCUUCUUUAAGCGAACAAACAGAAAGAUGCAUUGACAAAUGUGUGUUCUUUCAUGUAUCUCUAUUUCCACCUACAUCCUGCCAGCUCAGUCCAAUCUGCCCCAGUGGCGGGGCUGGCGCCGCAGCCUGCCUCUCAUUGGCCAAAUAGGCAGGCAAGCUGCAAUCCACUUCUCAGGCCUGGGUGAAGCCAAAGAGGGUUCACCCAAGUCCAGAAAAAACCCCUCACCACUGUCCUGCAACAGCGCCCAACCUGGCAUUAAGCGUCAUUACACAACAGAUGAAACAUUUUCUUCUUUAUUCUUCCUCCACCCCCUUAUUUUUAUUCAGUGCUCUCCCAAUUGCAUCCGAGGCUACUGCUGCCCCCCUGGAUCAUCCCAGCGCCCCCAGGGGACAGUUUCACCCACUUUGGGAAACACAGCUCUAAAGCUUCAUGCUCUUCUCAUAGCCUAGGAGACAGGUUUAGAGUUAAUUUUUGUAAGCUGCUCUAAGAGACUGUUUGACUCAAGGGUGAGGUAUAAAUGCUGUAAAUAAAUAACCUGUCUUAUAUCAUGUCAGACCAUUUCUACACUGAAUGGCAGUGGCUGUCUGGGAUUUCUGGCAGGAGAUUUUUCUCUUCCUCCCUGAAGAUGCCAAGGACUGAAGCUGGCAUCAGACGCUCUUGCACUGAGCUGCUGGAGACUCACAAUUUAUCGGACUUUCUUUCCAGGUACGAAAGUGAAAUCGGCAAGGACGCAGACUGCUCCCUACUUGCGCAGCAGUCCUAGGAAGCCACCUCCAGGAUCUGCUUCUCAUCAGGAGCUCCAGUAUCUCUUCAGCCCCACCAGAGAGACCUCUGAACUCUCAGGUGCUCUUGAAGGGCAUCUCAUCCCAAUGGCUAUUCCAUUAGGUAUGGAAAAGAAAAAAGAGAGGCUCAACUUACGUGAGCCACCUUCACUCAGGGAAAAAAGUCUGCUGCUACACCGCAAAUUGUUCUUCCUCCUUUGUCCGUGUAGAGGUUCACAUGGGAUUUUUCUGGAUGCAGGAGCAAGGCAGCUCAUGAUUUGAGGGAGGCUUCAUAUCCCUAAUUAUAUUCUUAGCCCCAGAAUGUAUUCAUGUGUGUCUGAUUAUCCUAAUGGGGAAAAAAAUACUGCAAAUGAGAGGUGCAGAGGAUCUGUUAGAAAAAUGAAGUCCAAGGAAUUGGAACCCUUUCUUAGUAAAUGGUUAGGCUAGGUAAAAGUACAGCAGGGCUGCUGCUCUUCUGAAUUUAUCAGAUGAAAGCCUAUUUAUCAAACCGAAGCCUAUUGAGUGGAGCAUCCCAUUUCCCAUGGCAGCCAGUCAGAUACCCCUUGGAAGCCCAUAAGCAGGACAAAAGGGAGUAGCCCUCCCUUGCUGUUUCUCCAGCAGCUGAUACUGGUCCUGAUACCAUAUCAAAAGCCACUGAUGGUUUUCUCUGCCAUGAACUUUUCUAAUCCCUUUUUAGUUCCGCCACCUAUGAAUUCUAUACAGGUGUGUGUGUGUGUGUGUGUGUGUGUGUGAUUGAUGUGUGUUGCACAGAGGUACUUACUUCAGUCUUUCCUGAAUCUCCUGCUUUUGGGCUUCACCAUAGCACCUCACAUUCUAGCAUUAAUAGGAGACAGAAAACAUUUCCCCCCCUUAUGCUGUGCAUAGUGUGCUGCCUUCCUCACCCUUUUCAUAAAUUAAAGAGGCCAGUCAUUUGCGUGUGUGUUCUGCGUAUGAUUACUUGGUUAUGAUACAUCAGUGGGUUCUUUUUACUCCAGAUCUUAGCCUCCCCCAAGCCGAUGCCUUCCAGAUGUUUCAGACUACAGCUCUCACCAGCUUCCGCAAGCAUGGCCAUGGGGACUGGGGCUGAUGGGAGUUGUAGCCCAAAGCACCAGCUUUGGUGAAGACUGUUGCAGCCAUUCCUAGUUAGGAGUCUUGCUCCAUCACUCUGAUAAUUUUGGUUAAACCCUUUCUGCAUCUUUUUCAACUCCAGUGUCUUCUCUCUCUCUCUUUGAGAUGCAGAGACCAUAUUCCAAAUGUAACUGCAUCAUAGGUUUGUCUGAGGCUAUUGCAGUACUAUUACUAUUUUCAACUCCUUUUCCUCAUAAUUUCUAUCAUGGAUUUUUCCUCCUCACCACCUUUGGGAGGCGGGGGCGUAAUGCUGUAAAAACAGAUGUUAUCUCCAACCUUUCCAUCUUAAUCUUAAGAUCUCUUCCCUGGGCAGUUGCUUCCAAUUCAGAUUUCAUCAGGAUAUAUAUGAACUUGUUACCUUCAUUUGAGGCUGUUUCACUGGGAUGUGUGUACAUACAGAUAUGGAGUCCCCGCCCCCUAUGUAACUUUUAUUAUUUUCACUGUAGUUAUUUUUACCAUCCCUAGAUGUCACUGUAGUAAACGAAAUUCUCACAAAACAGUGGGGAAGUUUGAUAUUCAGGCUCGUGCUUUUAGGAGCAAUCAGUUCUAGGAAAACUGCCGCAGGUUUGAAGCCUGUUAAACUGUUUGUGAAAGAAUAGUAGGCACAGUGCUGAACAUGCUUGGUUCGGUAAAUCACGCUUAAGGCACAGUACCAGGAUGUUAUAUAGUACCUCCAGGGUUCAGAGACAGUUGCAGGGCAGCAUGGGUGAGAGAGUGCUGUUACGCUCUGGUCCUGAUUUUUGGCUUCCCACAAAGUUGCUCGGGGAAACGAGCCUUUAGUCUGAUCUGGCUGGGCUCUUCUUAGGUUCUUAAGUCAAACUGUAGCUGGUUCACCCUUUAUCCUCGUGUAUAGGCAUGCUUGGAUAGCUCAGUUGCUUAGAGUGUGGUGCUGACAAUGCAAAGGUUGCAGGUUUGAUCCCUGUAUGGGAGAGCUGCAUAUUCCUGCAUUGCAGGGGGUUAGAUCCCUUCCAGCUCUACAAUUCUAUGAUUCUACAGUGGUACCUCUGGUUGCGAACAGGAUCCGUUCCGGAGCCCCGUUCACAACAUGAGCAGAAUGCAACCUGCGACUGCGCGGGUUGCGAUUCGCCGCUUCUGCGCAUGCAUGUGACGUCAUUUUGAGCGUCUGCGCAUGCACGAGCGGCGAAACCUGGAAGCAACCCUUUCCAGUACUUCCGGGUUGCCACGAGACGCAACCUGAAAAGACGUAACCUGAACUGAACAUAACAAGAGGUAUGACUAUAUAUGCAGUGGCCUGAGAGAGGGAGUCUCUGAUUCCUUUUGUAUGCUUCCCCCCACAUCCUGUGCCUAUAUUUUUAUUUAUAAAAAAUGGUUGUACAGUGGACCCUCCGGAUAUGAACUUAAUUUGUUCCAACGGUCCGUACGUACCCCGAAAAGUCCACAUCUAGAGGCACCGCUUCUGCAUGCGCAGCGCAAUGGAGCACUUCUGCACAUGCACGCACGGCAAAACCUGGAAGUAUACACUUCCGGGUUUGCCACGUUUGCAACCCGAAAGUUACGUUACCUUUCUGUAUUCUGAAAUUUCAUUUUUGAAAAAUCAAAGCAGUUUAUAGCAAUUACAGAUAUACAGUGCACAAUAAAAACCACAUGAAUAUUUAAGAUUACAGAUCAUCAUCUAACUGUUACAGGAAAUGUCUGGCAGCACAGAAAUGUUUUCAGCAAAUGUUGAAAGGUUAAGACAGAAAGUGCCUGCUGAAUCCCUGUUGGCAAGGCAUUUCACAGGACAGGGCUGACAACGUUACUAUCUCGUUUUUGUGUCAUUGUUAAAUGAGCCCCACCAACUCGGGAUGACCGCAGUGCUCCUACAGAUGAUAUCAGAGAUCAAGCUGAAACGUAAGGGUUCAGAUUGUGGUUCAGGGCUUUGCAAAUAAAUACAAGGAUAUUGAGCUUGGCUCUGUAGUAAAUGAGCAGGCGGCCCGUAAAACUUCACACAUUUUUUCCAAGGCGACAUGCCUGUGUGUGUGUAUGAUCUUUAUGACAGAAAUGAGGAAAGUAACAGGUUGGGUAGGUGUUACAGGCAGUUUACUGUUGGUCUGGUAUGAAAUACAGCAUUGCAGCUACUAGAAGGGUGUGUAUUUGGAUGUCUAUGGCUGGCUGGCUGGAUUUAUAGAUCAUCACACAUGUUCAGUUUUCUCUUUUGUUUAUAAUUUGCGUUCUGGCUCAGAAUUUGUUAAAGGUGGUUCUCUCCUGCUUCCUUUUGUUUUGCACUUACAUUAGGUCAAAAACAAAUCAACAGCAUCUCUUCUCAGCCUACAGGAAUAAGCAUAGGUGAUUUUCACCCUCUUACUGUGACAUCCUCUGUUCCUCCUGCUCCCCUGAAACCACAGCCAAAGGUAAAGAAGCCCAACAUUGGCAUAAUAGAGAUGAAAUUGGAGAAAAAAGACCCUCCCAAACUGACUGUCCAGGUAUGGAACAAGAAGGGCAAGAGCUGCCUCUAUGAAUUUAACCCUGAUCCCCCUCCAUCUUCUGUGUCCGGUUACUUCAGCUUUGAGAUCUGUUUUAUUUCAUGGUCAGAAAAAAUGUGUGUUUGCAUAGAUUGUGGGUUUUUGCUUUUGUUUAAAUCAGAGCUUAAAAGCCAGCGACUUCUGAGGUUCAAGGGGCCAAGCAGAACUUCAGCCGCACCUUUUAAAGUAACUCCUGGGAGCUUGUUGGUUUCCUGACAAUCCAGUUUGCAAAUCAAAGGCUCUAGCCCUCAUGACUGCAAACUGAAACUGGUACAGCAGGCAUAGGCUACACAGUUCCCAUCUUUCCCAACCAUUCACCAUGGUGGUUGGUUGGGACUGAUGAGAGUUGGAAGUCCCGCAACAACAGGGGGAGCUCAGGUUCCCCAUCCUUGUGCUAGGGGGUCAGCAACUUAAAUAAGAAUAUUGGAAUAUGUACUACUUCCACACACCCAGUAGUUUGGCUCCAUCCUUUUCUUUAAAAAAAUUAGGUUAAAGCAGUAAUGAUGGUGAUGAUGAUUUUAUUAUUUAUACCCUGCCCAUCUGGCUGGGUUUCCCCAGAAUCUGAUGAAGGGCAGUCCAGAAACUGAGUAAAUAAUAAAUCAGGUGAAUGCCACAGGCUGAGCAUUUAAUGGUAUAGGGAGGACAAAGAUUGCAUCGGAAGCUUGGUUCGUGUCCUCCUGAUACUUCAGAAGAUGGGAAACUGUUGGGAUACUGCCAGGGAGACAAAGCCCAUCAUGGCCCCAAGCCGUCUGCCGGACGAUCCAUCGAUCUCCCGUAGGCACGCAGUAUCAGCAAUUAGCGACAUGAGUUUCUAGAAGAUUUCUUGCCACAUUCCAGAGCUCAUGCACACUCUAUCAGCAGAUAAUGCACAGCCAAAAGUUGCACUCAGGAGAGCAUUAUUUACAAGUUUAUUCAGCGUUGAUCAGAACACAGAAAAACAUGACUGCCUGGUUCGGUGUCUACGACACAGAGAGGAACGAAAGCAAUAGCAAACAUAAACAUCCUGUGAACAGGACAUGCGCAGACUCUGACUCACAAAGCCUGCUCCCUUUUAAGGUGGAACGGAAAUAUCCUAACAGAAACUAGAUUGAAUCUGUGGGCUUUUACUUUCCAGGUGCUGCCUAAUGUUGACAUUGACAGUAUUUCAAGCGACAGCACCAGCGUCAACCAGAUUUCCUUUCCAAAGGAGGUGAUACAGGUAUUUGAAUUCACCCUUGCUAGUUUCUGAUACAUAAAUAUAUCAGUUUAUUAUCACAGGAAAAAGGUCUGGAAUGGCUGUUGUUGAGAACAUUUAGCAUCGAAUGGCCACUUCACAUGUGGCAAAUUUCUUGCGAAGCAAGCACUGCCCCAAGACAGUUCCUCACACGGCUGCUUUGCUUGGAAGCUGAGAAACCAGGAAUAAGGAUAGCACAGUAAAUGUUGUAACUGCCUAAACUUGAAGAACCUGGUUUAUAUUUUGUGGGCACCUUUGCAGGGCACUUUGUCAUUUGGUUCUUUUUUGUAUGCCGACACUUGUCUCACUGCCAGCCCCUCAGAACACACUUUGAUAAAGGCUUGAUUGGAAGUCUCUAAAGUCAAUAUUAAGUCCCAUUGGCUGUUGGGAUGGGAGAACUCUAUAGAGGAAGGGCAGGAUGCAAACUUGAUUGCCUUGUCUUGUUCCCAACAUUCCAUCCUCCAUGACCAAGAAAGGCUAGAUUCUUAGUGGUUGGGGUCUCCAGUGCUGGGGAAAACAGGCUUGUCUCCCACCCCGGUGGUGCCUCCAAAUGCACCUCUCCUCUUGCACCCAUUCAUAUUUAUAUUGGUGGUUGGGUGGAUGGUGACUGGUCCCAAGAUAUAAGCCUCCCCACUCUACUUUCCUGCUUUCUUUCAGUGUCGCAAGAAGGUUGUUGUGGCUUUUUGCAUUCUUUUCCUCUACUAAAUCUCAAAGUUCACUUAAUCUGUAUUUUUUUAGGCUACUGCAGAAAGCAGUCUGUCCCAGGACGAAGAACUGAAACUUCCUGGUGCUGACUUCAUCGAUGUUACUGGUGUCAGUCAGGUGGGUUUUCCAAUAGCUUCUCACUUUGCAGGGGAUAAAAUGUGAUAUUUAUUUUUUAAGGGUCACCAUUGUUACCCGCAGGACAUUCUUCUUAGUAAGCUGAUUUGAUGAAUGUUUAAUUCACUAACAUGAAAAUUACUUCUAAAGAAACAAUCAGCCCUCAUUUAUAGCAGCCAGUAGCAAUGCUCCUAUUGAUAUCUUCACUGCUUCUUUGGAGUUUCACCUCAAAUCUUCUUUGUAUAGCUUCCCUCUUAUUGUAAAAGCCUGCCGCUCCGUGUAAACUGCUGCUAAGGCUGAGGCGGGAACAAGGAAAUUAGAGGCCAAGGAGACUUUGACAAAAGGUAUUGCGCAACCAAAUCCACAGGAUCUGCACAGCAAGGCCUGCUUGUACCAGGCAGCUUGCAACCACCAGACUUAAUUUUGCACCACAUGGAGCUUAAAAGCAUCACAAAAAAACCACAGAGUAGUUGGAAAUUCAGCAAUUUGUGCAUCUGGAGAUCUUUCUGAGGGGCUGGAAUGGAAGAGGAAGCCCCCAAGCAUGGCAUAGGCUCCUCCACUUUCUGUUUGCUUUCAAGGGUGAAAAGAGAGAGUAAAGAAGGCGACCAAUGCUGAGCACAAUCAAGUCCCUGGUUUUUCCUUCUCUCUUGGCUGCUUUUUCACAGCCCCUUGUUGUUGUUGUUUAGUCGUGUCCGACUCUUCGUGACCCCCUGGAUCAGAGCACACCAGGCACUUCUGUCUUCCACUGCCUCCCGCAGUUUGGUCAAACUCAUGUUCGUAGCUUUGAGAACACUGUCCAACCAUCUCGUCCUCUGUCAUCCCCUUCUCCUUGUGCCCUCCAUCUUUCCCAACAUCAGGGUCUUUUCCAGGGAGUUUUCUCUUCUCAUGAGGUGGCCAAAGUACUGGAGCCUCAGCUUCAUGAUCUGUCCUUCCAGUGAGCACUCGGGGCUGAUUUCCUUCAGAAUGGAUGCGUUUGAUCUUCUUGGAGUCCAUGGGACUCUCAAGAGUCUCCUCCAGCACCAUAAUUCAAAAGUAUGCAUUCUUCAGCGAUCAGCCUUCUUUAUGGUCCAGCUCUCACUUCCAUCCAUCACUACUGGGAAAACCAUAGCUUUAACUAUACAGACCUUUGUCGACAACGGCGUGUAAGCAUCACUAAUCACAAUCCAGUGAAUGUCCUAACUUCUGUGUAGCAUUGAAUUUCCAUGUUCCUUUCCCCAAAAUAUGUUCCCUGAGUUAAGAUUAAUGAAACUGUUUCUGUAAUCCUGGUAUUCAUGAAUGCAAAAGGUUAUCUUAAUUGUAUUUCAUGGAUUCAUAGAGUUGGAAGGGACCCCAAGGGUCAUCUGGUCCAACCCCCUGCAAUGCAGGAAUCUCAGCUAAAGCAUCCAUGACAGAUUCUGUCUAUCCAACCUCAUUGUGUAUCAUCCAAUUGGCCAUCCAAUUUCACUUUGUAUCAUCAUUGUCGUGACAACAGUUUCAGCAAUGCAAAAUUGGAGAUUAGCUUUGUAUAACUGCAGUGUUGAAUUCAUGCAGUUUGCUUUUUUUCAUUUAUUUUCUUAAUUGGGAAGGAGUUGUAAUAUUUCCUACUCAUUUACCUAAGCUGUAGCUGUGUCAGAAGCCAGAAUGCUUCUCCUUUGAGAUGCUUCCUUUCUUUUUUAAUAAGUAAAGUGAAACCUCCUGGUCAUUUAUUUCCAGCUUGUGCUUAUGAAGCAGCAAUAAAAGACACCAGGAUCAUCCUUUUUUUCUUUUUAGAUGUGAGCAAGAGGCAGGGUUUUUUUCCUGCCCCUUGUCCUUUUUCCCAUUUUCUCAGGCGUUGCUUUCAUCCUGCAUCCUUGGCAGUCUUGGCCUAGUGUUUGACCACAAAAACAUUCCAACUCUAGCACAUGUUUGGCUUGGGUUUGCCUAAACGAUGAGCCUGAAGAUGUGAAAGGAUUAACUUUAAUCUGAAAGCAUAUAAAUACUUGAAGGGAGAAAUACUUGAGACAUCAGAAGAAAAGCCUCAUAACAGCUUUGUUGAGAGCACAUGCACACAAAGGAAAUGCCCACAAAGUGUUUGGCAGAAUACUCACUUUUUCUUUAUCAAAAAUAUAUAAACUAAGGGUAGUAGCCUUCUGUGUUAUAUAUUUCAGUUCUUCAGUGACUGUUUCAUUGAAAUAGAAACACAAACAAAACCUGUGGGGAGAAAUGCUGUCCAGUAAUUAGAUAUUGAGUAGAAUUUGCUGGGUAGAAUACACACACACACACACACUUUUUUUGAACUCUAACAUUCACAUGCAACAUAAAUUUUAAUGUGCAGAAUACAAUUUGUUGCAGAAAUCCAGUUGAAUUGUAAAGUGUGCACCAACACAGCAUAUGAACAGAUGCUUGCUCUAGAAGCAACGCUUGAGAUGGCAGAACUUGGUCAAGGCCAGUGGGAGACCGGCAUUUGAGUUCUGCUUCUGACAUGGAGUAAUUUAUGACCUGGAGCAAGUUGCCCGCCACCUCAAUUUUUCAUCUGCAAAAUGGGAAUGCUAGUAAACCCUACCUUUCAGGGCUUGUGAAUGCAGAGGUAGAAUAAAAACAUUACCUGCUGUGAGCUUGAGGGAUAGGGCAGCCUCUGCAUCAAGAUAAAGGACGAAAGAAAGAAUAAAAGUAAAUGAAGCAUAGUUAGAACAGAAAAUUUGGAUAGAAAUAUUUGUCAGUGAUUCAGAGAACCACAUGCCUGGUUUUCUGUGCCUAGGAGGACUUGGUUCCUUGAUUUUGCUUGUGGUGGUGGUUGGUUUUGGUGAACAGGAGUAUUAAAAGCCAGGUGGCAACCACUUUUUUUGAAAUGAGUAUUUUCAAAAAGAGUUUCUAAGGUGCUUUUAGCUUUCAAGGGGCUUCUGGUCAAAGGUUGAAGUCAAAAAUUCUUCUGGCCAUGCCUAAAGAACCUUUAUGGAUCUUGGACUAUAAAUAAGUAAAUGGAUAUUCUACUUUUGUAAUACCCUCUUGAAUCAGGUUCAUGCUGUUCCAAGUUGUUUUUGCUAUAUCUGUUUUCAAAGUAUGGUCUUCCCUGCUCAUAAGGGACCCGUGUCAACGUAGCUGAUGGGAUUGGCAGAGCACUUAGCUACCAACAUUAGCAAAGACCUGAUAGCUGAUGGGAAUAGGAAAUUGGAUUAAGAAAUGUGAUGGAGCUUACAGGGAGGGGAAUCUGGUUCUAAAAAUUUGCCAUCAGUGCUACUUAGAGAGUCCCCAGACCCACUCUACAAUGUUGUGGUUGUGCCUUGCUAUGCAGAAUAAGUCCGUAUGCCAUUUUUUGAAAUUUGCACAACUUCUUGUGAAGCACAGCCUUGUUGCCAACAUUUCUGAAUGUCGAGCGUGCUGGACCCUGAACUCAAUGAAAUUUAUUGCUAAUGGAGUUGUACUGAAAUACCGCUUGGUUGUGCGGUGUUAAAUUAGCCUUUGUUGUCAUUAGGACGAAGGAGACGAUGAUGUCCCGGAAUUCUCCGAGCCGGUCCUACAUUUCGACAGACAAGGAGAAACCGCUUCUCCAAAAUACAGUGGCCCUCCUUUUCCACCUGCUGCUCCUCAGCCCACAGCAGACAUUCUGGAUGAGAUCAUAGAAGAACGGGAGACCCUGGAAAACAAGCUGGUUGGCUGGUGAGUUCCCAGAGCAGGCGCUGUGCAAUGGUGAUGCGCUGAUGGAAUGUCAUUAGCUCUAUAGGACCAUCCGAGUAUGUGGCGUUUUACAGAGCAACCUGUGCAAAACAGAUCCUUGCUCUUAGAAAUUCAUGGUCUUGCAUUUGGGCUGUGAAGGCCGUGAUGGAGGGAGGGAGGAAUGGGUAAACCCCAUUACACGCACUUGGCCUUGGUUUUUGUUAGCCACACAACGUAAGGGAUUAAGCUGGUGUCCCCCACAUGCAUUCAGAUAUUGUUGACCUGCAACUCCCAUCGGCUGCAGCAGGGCCAGCCCUUCCAUUAGGCAGAGGGAGGUGGCUGCCUCAUUUGGAUGCUGGGAGCCUGCAGGCCAAGGCUUCUAACUCUGCUCUUCUGUAUUUGGCAUAAACAGCAUAAAGGCAGGUGCAUUAAAUAUAGAAAUCAUUAUUCCACCAGGGUGGAGCAGGAAGUAAUGGCACGAAUCAUCAGUGGGAUGUUUCCACCCCAGAAAGAAGCAGUGCCCAACAUAAGCUCAUCAGAGAGCGAGGACAACCAAGAUAUAUCCUCAGACAUCGGUAAGCAAAAGCUGCAAUAUUUUUCUCUCUUUGUCGCUUCCCCAACCCCCGAUGGAGGGAAGUAUUUACAGAAAGUGGACUGAUCCAAGGAAAAUGAAUGUUCUUAAUAGCCUGAUUUGAGAUUAGAGCCUUGCUUUCGUUUAGCUCAACCGAGAAAGGUGUUUAAAGACACUUGCUCAAGCCAGGUCAAAAAAAAAUAACCCACACAGUUCUCAACCUUAACACUCCCUCCCCUUUUUAGGUUUCAAGUAAUUUCCCUGCCCUACCCCUCAGAUAAACUCAACGCAGCAAAGCAUUUUUAUUAUGUAUAAUAAUGUAAGAAUGCCUGCGGGAAUUGUAGGGUCCACUAAACGUGUUCUCUGUGCCUGGAGUUCUCCUUCAAGAACACAGCAGCACGGUGUUGGUUCAUAUUGCUCCAGCACUAAGAGAACUCCGCUGGCUGACAUAUAGUUAGUUUCCUGGUCGGAUUCAGAAUGCUUCUGGUGGCCUCCAAAGGCCAUCUUUGGCCUAGGUAGACCAGCAUAUCUUUGGGACUUCCAUGUGUUGUUGAGAUAGUCAGAAGCUAGAUUGGCACUGACGUUAUCACCCAACAACUGCUAUUCUAAAGGAUACUGCUCCUGAACCUGGAGUCUCCAUUUAGCUAAACUGGGUGAGAGCCAUUGUUAGAGAGACCGCUUCUUCCAGGGUUUGUCUGAGCCCCCUCCUAAAGCCACCUUUAAGUUCAAAGUAUCUGGAGUGCACCAGGUUGUGGGUAGGCUGACUUAAGCCACCAGGCACCAGCACAUCUCUUGGUAGCGUACUUCAUGAGUGAGUUAGGCAUUCUGUAAAGAAGUACUUCCUGAUUUUAGAAAAGAAUGCACUGCCAAUCAGUUUCAGUGGGUGACCACCAUGUUCAAAUAUUAUAGAAGAGGAAGAAUAACUUCCUUCUCUUCUAUCCAUAUCAUACAUGAUUUUGCCUUAUGUUGAAGUAGCAUACUUUUUAAAGAAAAGGAAGUUUUUCUGCAUGCCAGAAAUCUGAAAAUCAAGGACUGCUUUUGCCACACAAGCACGUCACCUUGGAUCCAGAUAUCACUCUAGCACAAACAGGAAAAUCCGCUUAAAGUUUAUGCAGAGGGUCUUGAUUUCUCUCUGCUCCUCCCCCUGACCCUCUGGAUCCAUUUUUCAAGGGGGGUGGAGGGUAAGAGAGGCUGGGGAAGCUCUUGCUGCCCAAGGACAACAGGACUCUUGAUUCUUAAUAUACAAGCCUUUAGCAUUAUUUUUAAUUUACGAUGGGGUGGAAGGUUCACAGGCUAUGAAGGACUUUCUCACAAAUUCAUUGACAGCUGCACAAAUUAUUAUUGCUAGGAAGUGGAAGGGGGAAGUAGAAUAUAAAAUGGAAGAAUGGUAUAAAGAGGCGUGGGAUAUAGCUAUUAAUGAUAAAUUAACAUGUGCCUUUAAGGUAAGAUGGGGAAUAUGCAGGAGAAACGAUCUUGAGGAGAUAUGGAAGGUGUUUGUAGAAUUUGUACUGUUAAAACAGAAAGGGGUCAAACCAUCGCAAGAUGUGUUGAAAUUUUGGGAGGCUGGAUAGUUACAGUGGGAAUGGUCUUGGUGGUUGGGUGCCCAUUUGUAUUCUUACUAAUUUAUGAUUAUUACUUUGUCAAAAAAAAUAGUAUACAAGCCUUAAUAUUUGGUUCUUGCCUGCGUUCUGGUUUAUCUUUAGUUGAAGCAGCAGGUACCGGGGGGUUUCAGCUGUUUGUCGAUGCCGGUCUCCCAGUGGAUUCGGACAUUAUUAGACAUUUUGUGAAUGAAGCUCUUGCUGAGACAGUUGCCGUCAUGCUGGGUGACAGCGAAAGCCAGCAGGCAGCCUCUGCUGUUGUUGUUCCUCAAACCACAACACCCUUGCCAGAAAAGGUGACUUGUUUCUUUUUGUUUGUGAUUUGUGAUUAAGAAUUGGGAAUUUAUUUAUUUAUUUUGUAGUAAUUGGAUAAUAUUCAACUAAGUUUUAUUCAGAGUGGACCGAAUGAAAUUAAUGGACCCAAGUCAAGUUCAUUCAUUUCAGUGGGUCUACUCUUGAGUAAAACUUAGCUGAAUACCACCCUUGGCAUUUUGCUUCUUGCAGCAUGUAAGCAACAAUGACAAAAAGUUUGAAAUAAGAGGCUUUCUGGUCUUCCUGCCCUUGUUUGGCAAAGAUGGUGUGCAACUUCUGAAUCUGUUGCCAGCACUGAAACGAGCCUGGAAGUUACAUCUCCUGACCUGGACUUCAAUUCUCUUUUGGCUAGGAACUAAAUGAGCCAGAAAUAUACUCUCCACAUUCCCAGAGUCACUCUUUUCAUUACUGGUGUGUGCUCCAGGGCCAGGGUGACUUUAGCAACAAGUUUGGUCAUUUGUUUGACCAGAAGAGAUUGUUGUCUGGGCAAGUGGACUUGCUGCAAGGUGGGUCUAUAGGCUAACAGCUAUAGGUUAACAGCUAAAUUGCUAAAUAUAGGUCCGUCGGUCCACUGUUGUUUAAAAACCCAGAAUUUCAGACUUCUUGCAGUUUGUCCUGAAACUGCUCCUUCUCCUGAAAAAAAUAAAUAGUAUUCACCCAAAAUCAGCCCAGACUGAAAAUACUUGGCAUUGCUUGAGGCUAACCUAUACACAUUCUGCAUGUAGCUGCUGCAAAUUGUAAAUGUAGCCCAGUACCAUUUAUGCUCCAUUUAUGUUUUGAUUCUAAAGGGUAAGCUUUUAUUAACCAUAAGAAUAAGCACGUGUCCUUUAUUUAUUGCUUGUGGGUUUUCUUGAGAUUCAGAAACAUUUGCAAGCUAGACUAAGUCCAAUCAAUAUUCCAUCUCACAUCCCCUUGAACUGUGCACUGUCGCAGAAAUCCUACGUCCUGUAAGCUUUGAAUUCCUGGCUCUUUCUCUUCCACUCAGAUUUGAUUAUUUGAAAUAAAGUGGAGGGAAUAUUUUGUAACAGCUUUACUACUUUCUUUCAAUUGCCUUUGUGUGUGUAUUUUUCCAGGAAACAAUACUGUGCACUCCACUCGCCACACCUGAAGCCACACCUCCUCCAUCCCCUCCUCCUCCAAAAGAACCAUCUCCAGUAAAAACCCCAGAGUCCUCUCUGUCUGUAUCUGAAAUUGAUGGAAAUACUGAUCUGAGGCAGCUAACAGCAGCAGGUAUCAAAACAGGUUAUCAGAUUAGAAAAGUUGCUAAAUUAAUUACACUCAUCAGCUUUGUUUUCAAGCAUGGUGUAUUUUAAUUGUCCAGAAAGAGCUUUCUUGAUUGAUUGGCAUAUUGGGAGUUGUGUUGUCAUCACCCCACCCUCCAAAACAACAACACAAGCCUCUUCUGCUAUGAACUAUCAAAAUUAUUCUAGUAAUUCUUCUGUGUAUCUAGGUUUGGGGAAGGGAUCAAUCAUAGAAUUGUAGAAUCAUUGAAUCUUAGAGUCGGGAAAUGUUCAGCCCACAUUUUACCAGCUUGCUCUCGAGCAUAUCAUGGGGGACAUUGUCAAAAGCCUUACUGAAAUCGAGAUACAUCAUGUCCACAGCAUUUCCCUGAUCCCCCAAGUUUGUAAUUCCAUCAAAAACAGAAAUCAGAUUUGGCAUACUUUGGAACCAUACUUGGGGAACUUUCAGAACUUCAAAGCAAUCGGGAAUAGAAACAGAAAGAAAUUAGUUUGUUCUUGACCAGUCUGGACUGUCGAGUGUAUAUUUGCUCCAUGCAGCAAGCGAAAUGUUUGCAAGCAAGAAUCAUACAUUCCUUUGCUGUAGCAACAUAGCUUGGCUUGGCAUUUCUUUAUCCCUUCUUUUUGUAGGAUCCAAGGCUGGAGCAGCCAUCAGCCCAGUGGCUACCCCUGUGGUCACCCCUGUGGCUUCACCGCCCAGAGUAGCCACGCCUAGCCCUCCUGUAUCCGAGCAUGUCCCAGGCAGAGGAGUGGUGGAAAGGCAGACUCCUCCGAACCCCUGGGGAGAUGCAGAGCUUCCUCUGGAAGAAGAGAAGCCCAGCCUGCAGAGUGAAGAAGAAGGGAGCUAUCGCCCCGCAGCUCUGUGAGUCGUAACACUUGACAAAAAAUCACCUCCUAAUCUUCCUCUUGCAAACUUCUUAGCUGCAACAAUAAAGAGAAGUACUGAUUUAUUACUAAUAUUUAUAUUCAACUUAAUAUGCAAAAUCCCGUAGUGGUUUACAUAAAACGCAAUAAGAUUGCUAAAAAAGAAACUACAACAUUUUAACACUGCUGGAGCCAUCACUGCCAACUUUCAGACACUCUUGUUUCCCCUGGCUUUGGGUUGAUUAACAACAUAAGAAAGCUUGCCGGAUCAGACCAAUGGCCCAUCUCGUCCAGCAUCCUGUUCUCACAAUGGCCAGCCAGAUCCCAGCUGGGAACUCGCAAACAGGACCUGAUCUGCUAGUGAUACCCAGCAACUGGCAUUCAGAGGCCUUUUUGUGGUGCACACCUGGGCAGUUUAGGUUCUAUCCUUUUUACCACUGCGUUUGCUUAUAAAUGUUUGUCAGCCUUGUGCGUUAUAUGGCUCUAGAAGUCCUCUUUUGAGUCGCCUUUUUGUGGAAAGUUGAUGAACAAAUGUUACUAUUAUUAAUAUUAAAUUCUUAUAUAAAAAUGAAACGUAUCAGUAAAAAAGAGAGUCUGUCAAGAAACAUUCAGUGAAAUAUUGGAACGUAAUUAUAAUAAUAAUAAUAUAAUAAUAAUUUAUUAUUUAUACGCCGCCCAUCUGGCUGAGUUUCCCCAGCCACUCUGGGCGGCUCCCAAUUGAAUAUUAAAAACACAAUACAGCAUUAAACAUUAAAAACUUCCCUAAACAGGGCUGCCUUCAGAUGUCUUUUAAAGAGAAGAUAGCUGCUUAUUUCCUUCACAUCUGGUGGGAGGGCGUUCCACAGGGAGGGCGCCACUACCGAGAAGGUCCUCUGCCUGGUUCCCUGUAACUUGGCUUCUCGCAAUGAGGGAACCGCCAAAAGGCCCUUGGAGGUGGACCUCAGUGUCCAGGCUAAAUGAUGGGGGUGGAGACGCUCCUUCAAAUAUACUGGGCCGAGGCCGUUUAGGGCUUUAAAGGUCAGCACCAACAAUUUGAAUUGUGCUCGGAAACAUGCUGGGAGCCAAUGCAGAUCUCUCAGGACUGGUUUUAUGUGGUCUCGGCGGCCACUCCCAGUCACCAGUCUAGCUGCCGCAUUCUGGAUUAAUUGCAGUUUCCGGGUCACUUUAACAGUGAUUCACCCAUAAAGCAGUGCACUGUGAGGCUAGCUAGCUAGGUUUUUUUGCCAAGGAAGGAGUUGUCCUCUUGACAGUAUUACCUGAAGUGGGCGUGAUGAGUAGUUGUUAUUUAGAGGGUACAGGUACGGUUGGCAAGGAAGCAGAAGGGAGAGAGCUGAGAUGAGUUGCCCCAAUCCAGCCAGAGUGUCUGUGGGUUGUGCAUCAUUUUAUAGCAAACCGUUUUUCAGUUUUGUUGAUUAUGUUGGGAUGCAUCCAAGGAAACGGGGGCAAUUUGUAGGCCCCCAGCUGGCUCCGGCCCCUGGCCGGUAGCCGGGCAAUCUCUGGUCCUUGGAACAGCAUCAAACAGCGACCCGCAGCUUCAGAAUUCUUCAGAAGCUGGAGCACACUCUAAUCAGCAGAGUAAUUAACUCUUCGCGACGGAAGGGCGGACAGAGGCAUAUGUAAAGCAUAUUUACAAGCAGUUUAUUCAGCAUAGAUCAAGACAAAGAAAACAUGUCAGCUCUCCUUCAUGUCUAAGAGCAAGAAGCAUAAGGCAAAAGCUAUACACAAGCUGUGCUGGAAUGUAAACAGACAUGUGACAUACAACAGCUCCACAUACCUGUUUAGGUGGAACGGAACAUCAAUAUCCUAACAGAUUAUGCUCUAACAUCACCCAAACAAGUGUGAUCAGUAAAAAAACCCACCAUUUUGUGGACAAGUAAAAUUAAAGACAGAAAAUACAUUUUUGACAAACUGGCGAAGGUUUAAGCAAUGUUAGUAAUGUGUGGCAUCAGUUUUUGAUGGUGCUCUUUAUUAUUAUUAUUAUUAUUAUUAUUAUUAUUAUUUGUCAUUUUUAGCAUAAUGUCUGUGGCCAAACAUGAAGAGCCGGACACUUUGGUCUUGCCAGCUCCUGAGCCAACGGAGCCCCACGAACUGCCCCUGCAGGAGCCCAGGGCUCCAUCCCCUUCUGUGCACACCCCCAGUUCUGGCCUUUCCACAGAGGAGAGCAGUCUGACCGCCACGGAAACUGAGACCACGGGGAGGCCAAUCUCAGAAGGAGAAAUUCUGUACAGUUACGGACAGCUGCUGGCUGCAAAAGGUGAAGCUAUUUCCAGCUCUUUGUCUUUCUUUAGCAUUUUGUUUUUGAUUUUCUAAUUGUUCCAAGACUGAAUACAUGCCCUCUUAAUAGUGUGAGAGCUCCGAGGGUGACCUUGCAAGAUUUAUGGAACAUGUGGAAGGGCCCAUAGCUCAGUGCCAGGGAAUCUGAUUUGCAUGCAGAAAUGUCCCAAGUUCCAUCCUCUGCCAGUGAGUUCAAACAACGCUGAGUUAGGUGCAUCAUUGGUCUGAUUUGGGAGCCAGCAGUUUCCUUUGUUCCUAUAAUCAGCAACUCGUGCUUUUUUCUGGGGGUCACAUCAAGCGGUGGUGGAGGUGGUAGAAUUCUGGACUUGGUCACUACAUACUACAAGGGAGGGGACACAGGUGGCACUGUGGGUUAAACCACAGAGCCUAGGACUUGCCGAUCAGAAGGUGGGCAGUUCGAAUCCCCAUGCACGGGGUGAGCUCCUGUUGCUCGGUCCCAGCUCCUGCCAACCUAACAGUUUGAAAGUACGUCAAAGUGCAAGUAGAUAAAUAGGUACCACUCCGGUGGGAAGGUAAAUGGUGUUUCCGUGCUCUGCUCUGGUUUGCCAGAAGCAGCUUAGUCAUGCUGGCCACAAGACCCGGAAGCUGUACGCCGGCUCCCUCGGCCAAUAAAGUGAGAUGAGCGCCACAACCCCAGAGUCAGUCACGACUGGACCUAAUGGUCAGGGGUCCCUUUACCUUACUACAAGGGAGAGGAAGCCUAUCUUUUUUAAACGUUCCCCUGCUUUAAAUUAAUUAAACUCUUGCAGCUUGGCAAAACAAAGCAUUAUCUUUUUGCAAUGGGGAUGCAUUAUUUCUUCCCUUACACCACAAUACUGACUAUUUCAGAGCUGGAGCAAAACAGUUUGCCUUGUUUGCCAUCAGUGACACUCUCAUGCCACUAGGCCUGGGCAAUAUAUCAAUUUAUAGCCCAGGACCGGUAUGAGGAGCUGACCGCGAUGUUGGCUUCACUCAGUGGUAUAUCGCUGGUGAAACCGUCAGUGCUCCUGGGUCCCUCUCUUAGCAGCGUCUGCUGGAGGGAGUCAAGAGCAGUAGCGGUUCCACUCAGCGAUAUAUCGCUAGUGUAGAACCACCAUCCCUCUCUGCCCUCAUACGACACACAGAGAGAAAGCUGGUAGCAGCUUGUUCCUCCCUCUGCAUCUUUAAACUGCUCGACUGAGGAGUGUGCAGCUGCUCUUGCCUCAGUCGAGCAGUUAGAGGAGCCCACAGGCGGCAGUGUGGGGGCUCUGUGAAACUGCCCAGGUGAGGGGAGCGUGAUUGCCAUUCCCCAUAGUGAGCAGUUAAAGGAACCCUGGUGCUCUUCCCGCUCGUACGCGAGUGGCAAGAGCACUGGGGCUGUCUCAGCUGGGAGGAAUAUAUAAAAAAAUUGUCCAGUAGCACCUUGGAGACCAACUAAGUUUGUUCUUGGUGUAAGCUUUCAUUCCCUCCCCCCAGCUGAGCGGCACAAACAAGGCGCAUUGUCCGAGCCCGCGAGCCUGGGUGAAGCUGUCUCACCUCUCAAGGUGAGAGCUGGGGCGGUUUCACCCGGUGUCUUGCAGGCAGAGACCAAUGCAUCUUGUUUUUUCAAAAUCGCAGUGUAUCGCCAAACCGCGAUGUUUGGCUGGCGAUACACCACGAUGUUGAAAAGCUGAUAUCGCCCAGCCCUACAUGCCUCCAGAUCUGAUUGGCUGUGUAAUGCUGUGGUGUCAUUGCAUUUAUGGUGUGACCUCACCCAAAGGAAAGCAGAGAAGUUGUGGGGUGGAAGAACUGCACAGUGGCCUGAAAAUAAAUGCAGGAGGGGGAAAGGUAGGGAGAACCUCCCCCACUACCACCUGAAAGCUUGGAACCCUCUGUGCCAAAACUUGUUUCAGUCCUUGUUUUUAACCUCCUACAGUGGUACCUCGGGUUAAGUACUUAAUUUGUUCCGGAGGUCCGUUCUUAACCUGAAACUGUUCUUAACUUGAAGCACCACUUUAGCUAAUGGGGCCUCCUGCUGCUGCCGUGCCACCAAAGCACGAUUUUUGUUCUCAUCUUGAAGCAAAGUUCUUAACCCGAGGUACUAUUUCUGGGUUAGCGGAGUCUGUAACCUGAAGCGUAUGUAACCUGAAGCGUCUGUAACCCGAGGUACCACUGUAUUUCGUUAUUUUGCAAGUGGAAUGGAUUUGUGUCUUCGCCUGCCGUGCGUAAGUGCAUGCUUGUUAUGUUUUUCCUUCCAGCUUUUGCAGAAGGAGGAUUGUCUCUUCCAAAUCUAAGUGACAGUAUGACCAGCACUCUUCAUGAUGCCCAUGAGAUGGUAAUGAAAUCAUUUAACUAGACACUGCCAAAAUUGAUGGGGUCUUCAGGGUGGCGGCAGCAGAAAACCGGGUUCCCCCCAGGUAGCCAUCUCUAAAUGGUCCAGAUAGACAAAUGGGCCGGUUUGGUCAGAGGCAGUGGCUGAGUUUUGCACAUACCCGUAUUUUUUGCUCUAUAAGACGCACCAGACACAAGACGCACCUAGUUUUUGGAGGAGGAAAACGAGAAAAAAAAUAUUCUGAAUCUCAGAAGCCAGAACAGCAAGAGGGAUCGCUGCGCAAUGAAAGCAGCAAUCCCUCUUGCUGUUCUGGCUUCUGUGAUAGCUGCACAGCCUGCAUUCGCUCCAUAAGACGCACAAACAUUUCCCCUUACUUUUUAGGAGGGAAAAAGUGAGUCUUAUAGAGCAAAAAAUACGGUAUCUCUAAGCCAAACCAAAGCUAGGAGUGAAUGGAUGAGUGAGAUUAUAUAAUAAUAAUAAAAGCUAUUACAAAACAGUGAAAAAAUAAUUGUUUGUUUGUACCCCGCCCAUCUUACUGGGUUGCCCCAGCCACUCUGGGCACCUUCCAGCAUAUAUAAAAACAUAGUAAAACAUUAAACCUUAAAAAACUUCCCUAUACAGGGCUGCGUUCAGAUGUUUCCUAAAUGUUAUAUACAGUGGUGCCUCGCAAGACGAAAAGAAUCCGUUCCGCGAGUCUCUUCGUCUUGCGGGUUUUUUCGUCUUGCGAAGCAAGCCCAUUAGAGGUUUAGCGGCUUAGCGCUACAGUAUUAGCGGCUUAAAGAUCAGCUGAUAAGCGGCUUAACGAUCAGCUGAUAAGCGGCUUAAAGAUCAGCUGAUAAGCGGCUUAACGAUCAGCUGAUAAGCGGCUUAGCACCAGCUGUUAAGCGGCUUAAAGAUCAGCUGAUAAGCGGCUUAGCCAUCAGCUGAUAAGCGGUUUAGCGGCUUGGGGAAAAGGGGGGGGGAGGAAAAAAACCCCGCAGGAACUCGCAAGACAUUUUCGUCUUGCGAAGCAAGCACAUAGGAAAUUCGUUUUGCGAAGCACCUCCAAAACGGAAAACCCUUUCGUCUAGCGGGUUUUCCGUCUUGCGAGGCAUUCGUCUUGCGGGGCACCACUGUAAUUACUCAUCUCCUUAACAUCUGAUGGGAGGGCGUUCCACAGGAUGGCACCCCUACCGAGAAGGCCCUCUACCUGGUUCCUUGUAGCUUCACUUCUCGCAAUGAGGGAACAGCCAGAAGGCCCCAGUGCUGGACCUCAGUGUCCAGGCUGAACGAUGGGGGUGGAAACACUCCUUCAGGAUAUUUUGUACAUCACCUUGGACCAUAUGUGGAACACUAAUAAUGAUGAUGAUGGUGAUGAUAAUUGCAGCAGCACAGAGUGUGUUGAUGCCCCUAUGCACUAAACUACUGUGUCAUUGAAAGUGUCUCCCAAGGCUUCAGAAGAGUGACUGACCUCAGUAAUGAAUGCUUUUACAGUCAAACCUUGGUUGUCAAACAUAAUCCAUUCCAGAAGCCCAUUUGGCUUCCAAAAUGUUCAACAACCAAGGCACAGCUUCCGAUUGGUUGCAAGAACUUCCUGCACUCAAACAGAAGUCACAUCAGACGUUCGGGUUCCCAAAAACAUUAAAAAACCGCAGCAUUUACGUAUGGGUUUUCGAGCCGUUUGGGAGCCGAGGUUUGACUGUGUUUUAUGCAUUUAUUUUUUUAAAAAGUAUGCUGUUGUUCAUCUUUCAGGAUUUUGAUCCUCCAAGCGAAGGACAAGUGUUACACAGACCUCACAGAGGAUACCACAAGGACCCAGUGCUCUCCCUUUUCUCAAGACUAAACCAAGCACCACUUGCUUCCCAGGAAGAGAUCUGUCGGAGUGAGGUAUGUUCAUUUCUCAAAAUAGAACAGAUCACACCUGUGAUCCCAUGCUCCACUCUGUGUGGGGUGUUUGUCAGAGUGGGCGGGGUGUGGGGAGGAAAUCUGCCUCAUAGUAGUCGGGAUGAUUGCUAGAAGGACGGAAUAUUGCCUCCUCCCUUCUCUCACCUCUGUUUCUCUCCCUUUUACUCCAGAACACAAGUGACAGUGCUGGGGAACUGAGCGAGGGGCAGCGGCCGAAGCUGACGGAAGCUGCAGAAACCAUCCUGAUGGGACGUGGCGUUUACAUGGACCAGCCUAGCAGCCGGGUUUCUAAAAAGCCACUUCAGCGCGCAGCAUCUCCGGGACAAUAUGACAGGGUUGCAGGUGCAAAUUUAAUUUUCUUUUUUUUCUGGAGGUUUCCUAAAUAGAGUACGGAAUAUGCUUGAAAAUGUCCCCUGCUACUGGUUAGCAGUGUAAUGCAUAUCUCCUCUCAGUCCCUUCUUUUCCUGGCUAAAUGUGCCCAACUCCUUCAACCACUCCUCAUAAGGCUUGGUUUCCAGACCCUUGAUCAUCUUGGUUUCCUUCCUCAAUACGUGUUUCAGCUUGUCAACAUCUUUCUUAAAUUGUUGUGCCCCAAACUGGACACAGUAUUCCAAGUGUGGUCUUACUAAGGCAGAAUAGAGUGGUGCUAUUACUUCCCUUGAGCUGGACACUAUACUUCUCUUGAUGCAGCCUAGAAUAGCGCUAGCAUUUUUUGCUGCUGCAUCACACUGUUGACUCAUGUUAAGCUUGUGGUCCACCAAGACCCCUAGAUCCUUUUCGCAAGUACUGCUAGUAAACCAGGUCUCCCCCAUCUUAUACAGUGGUACCUCAGGUUACAUAGGCUUCAGGUUACAGACUCCGCUAACCCAGAAAUAGUGCUUCAGGUUAAGAACUUUGCUUCAGGAUGAGAACAGAAAUUGUGCUCCUGCGGUGCAGCGGCGGCAGGAGGCCCCAUUAGCUAAAAUGGUGCUUCAGGUUAAGAACAGUUUCAGGUUAAGAACGGACCUCCGGAACGAAUUAAGUACUUAACCCGAGGUACCACUGUAUUUAUGCAUCUGAUUCUUCUUAAGUGCAGAACCUUACAUUUGUCCCUAUUGAAAUGCAUGUUGUUAGUUUGUGCCCAGUUCUUCAAUCUGUUGUUUUGAAUCCCAAUUCUUUCUUCUGUGGCAUUAGCUACCCCUCCGAGUUUGGUGUCAUCUGCAAAUUUGAUGAGCAUCCCCUUAAUUUCUUUGUCUGUAUCAUUUAUAAAGACGUUGAACAACAAUGGGCCCAGGACAGAAACCUGUGGGACCCCACUUUUCACGUUUUUCCAGGAUAGCUGAUUGUCUGGCUAUAUAUAAAGCACCUUCCUGUGCUGAUCUCUUUGUUAACCACUUCCAGAAAACAACCUGGUAGGAAAACCUCUAACUUCUCCAUGAGUAGCACUUUUUUUUUGCAAAAGCAGGAAAAAACACAGCUCAGUUAGAAUAGCGCAUUCAACACACAAGAGUCUUUUCCAGGAAAAACUAAAAUUCUUGGUAAUUAUUUUUUGAAUGACUGCCACUUUUGAGGCUAAUUCCUUUUUUAAAAAUUAUAUGUAUAAGGUGCAGCAUGAGACUAUGCAUCAAUCCAUCAACAGUUACGGUUAAGUGCUGUUUUUUAUUUCAGUCUUGUUCCUGUGUUAUAAUUUAGAAGUUUAACAAUCAAAUAGCCCAUUACAUCACCUUCUUAUAAAAUAUUACAUAUUUCCAGUCUGACCUUGUGUAUGUAUUGAAGAAAUACAUAUUAUGCUAAUCUUUCUGCUUAAAAGUGGGGGUUCGGUUUGGAUAUUGGGGGGGGGGGGAAUAAUCACGUGACAACUGAUACAGUACAGCAUUCCAGGGCUCAUGGCCUAUAGCAUGUCUUCAGUCUUGUGAGCUGCCUUUGCUUUGUAUGUCAUAAAUUCUGUGAGUGGUUCCAAGAGUUUAUGAGCUGGUCAUGUCUGCUUGAGCUGCCAAGUGAUAAUUGUGGCGCUAUCAACAUUUCCAGUAUAAAUCAGUGUUUUUUGUAGCUAAUGGCUUAGCUAUAAAAAAUUCAGCUCUGAGUUGAAGUGCAGUCGGCUCAGUGCUGUUGAUGUUGCAACAGGUUAUACUGUUCCUUUCAGAGAGUCUGCAAAUGUGUUGUGGAUCUUGCAGCAAAUUACUCUGUUUUUAAUUAGAGUGUGCUGGGUUAUUUUGCUCGUUCACAUAAUAAAAUGACUUUCUCUCUGUGCUGGAAACCUUUAUAAUGUACCUAUCUGCUUGGAAGGCUCACAAAUUCAUGUGCUUGGAUUCUUAGGAGCUCUGAGGUUGUGCAUUAAUGUCUGCUCUGCUUAAAAAUAAAUUAUUCCACAAAGUCAGUCUGGGCCAGUGCUGAUGCAACAGAGCUAGUCUCUUAACCAUGUGAUUGAAUGCUUCAUUUCCCUGUCUCCGACACAAAUUCCCCCUAAGCUGUGAUUCAGCAAUAUAUCAGCACCAGCAUUAACCAAAGUUUUGAGCUAGAUGGAUUCCUUACUUAACCAGGACUCUUAAGCUAACUGGAUUAAAGCCACUAGUUCAAAAUCUUUAGUCAAGCAGGGGACCUGGUUGGUACCAGCGUUAACCACAGUUAUAGCAAACGUAACACUCCCAUCUUCAGUUAAAAGAUUGGCCUCAUUUUGUCUGUGCCAACCCUCUUCAAAAACAUUCACUGUGGUUUUCUUUUUUCCAAUGUGCAAAAAUUUCAAAAGGGUGAUAUUAAAGAGAUUUAUGGCUAAAACCUUUUUGUGAUGCCAAUGAGAACAAGCUGAGGAUUUCUCAGUUUCAAAGCUUUCUCAGGCUCUUGGCAAAGUCCACGCUGCAGUUGUUCCAGAAAAAAAUCACCAGUACGCACGCAGAGAAGUACAAAGAGCCCCCGACUUUUUGACAUGGGAGUUGUGCUCAGAGUAUGAUGAGUAGGCAAGAUAAUUGCUUUUUGUCUUUUGAGGGUAGCCUACAAAUGAGUCUAAAUAGCACCUUCGCAGCCAAGAGAAUCCCAGGUGCUUGGGAUGAUGGCGGUCCCUCUCGCUUUGAUUCAUUAGGGUUGUUUUUGGAGUAAUGUAUUAUUUUGUUUUUAAUUUUAGUUUUGCUAUGUGCUUUAAAUCUGGUUUAAAUCUCUCAGGAGAAGCCAUUGGAGGCACUGCUGCUACUUGUGGGCCAAUGACCAUGGCUGAGCUGGAUCGACCAGUUUCUCCAACAGCGCAGGGAGAUAGCAAUUUGGCACCGCGCUUGGAUGGCACAUCCCAGGUAAUGCAUCUUUAGUAGACCAGGACAGUAAACCUGCAACUUGCACGCAUCUAAAUGGCAUGGACAAAAAAAAGUUAAAAGGGGCAGAAAGGUUGCGGAGUUCGAGGGGAAAAUUGAGGCAAUCCCACCCACCCUUGAACCUUGUAUAGUUUUGACUAUACAUUACUUUGUCUUUAUGCGCAAUCCCCGGAACAUAACCCCCUUAUAAGUUGCAGGCUUACUGUACCUAAAUAAGUUGUGGGUUUGUGUGUGCAUUUUUGCAAAUGAAACACCUAGACUGUUUGGAUUGUGUUAAUGUCACCCAACGUAAGGUGGGGCUACCUUCAGUUCUUUAUUAAUUUUCCUAUUUAUUAGUUAUUAGUUUUCCUUUGAGGGUCUUGGGUGGGGCUGUGGGUUAAACCACAGAGCCUAGGACCUGCCAAUCAGAAGGUCGGCGGUUUGAAUCCCCGUGACGGGGUGAGCUCCUGUUGCUUGCUCCCAGCUCCUGCCAACCUAGCAGUUCGAAAGCACGUCAAAGUGCAAGUAGAUAAAUAGGUACUGCUCCGGCGGGAAGGUAAACGGCGUUUCUGUGCGCUGCUCUGGUUCGCUAGAAGCGGCUUAGUCAUGCUGGCCACAUGACCCAGAAGCUGUACACCGGCUCCCUUGGCCAAUAAAGCGAGAUGAGUGCCGCAACCCCAGAGUUGGCCACAACUGGACCUAAUGGUCAGGGGUCCCUUUACCUUUACCUUAGUUUUCCUUUAUUGGUUUUCCUUCACCGUGACAUCCCAGGGCGAGUUAUAUUUAAAAACGCAACAUGAAAAACUGUUAAAACAGAUUGCGAACAAGAGAAUACUGUGGGUCCUAAAAUAUACAGCUCAGGUGUCAAAGGCAAGGGUAGAGAGGGAGUUCACAAUUUGGGGGCUAUCAGAGAGGUAUAUAAGUAGAAACCCAGCCAGUAAUCUAUCUGCUGUGUUUCAGACCAGAAUAAUUGGUCCAAAACCAGCUGCCAACCCAGUGUGGUACAGUGGCUAGAGUGUUGGGCUGUCACCUGGGAGGCCAGGGUUCAAAUUCCCACUCAGGCAUGAAGCUCAGAGGGUGUGGCCUUGGUGUGACCAGUCACAGCCUCUCUCUUUCUUUUUUUUUAAUGAUAUUUAUUAAAGUUUCAAAAAAAGGAUACAUAGAUAAGAAAAAGAAAAAUAGAAAAAAGAAAAAUACAAAAUACAAAAAAGAAAAAAACAAUUAAAAACAAUUCCAUCCUUUCAUCACUUAUCUUUCAUUUACUUGUUUCCCGGACCUCCUCAUGCCUCCCUUUUUUGUAUUCCAGUUCAAUUUAUUUAGUUCAGCAAUUCCUUUCCCUCCUUAUUUAAUCCUGAUCUUUAAUCUUAAUAUAUUAUAGCAUUAGGUUUUUACAUAUUGAAAAUCGAAUUUUUCCAUAUUCUUUUAUACCAUUACAGCUAGAAACCACUUAACUUCAAUCCAACAUCAUUCUAAUAUUCAUUAAUUUUGCAAUAUUUCUGUAAAUAGUCUUUAAAUUUCUUCCAAUCUUCUUCCACUGACUCUUCUCCCUGGUCUCGGAUUCUACCAGUCAUUUCCGCCAAUUCCAUAUAGUCCAUCUGACCAGUCACAGUCUCUCAGCCUGGCCUGCUUCACAGGGUAGUUGUUGAGAUUAAAUGAGGACAACCACACAUGCCACUUUGAGCUCCUUGAAGAAGAAGGUCCCCCUAGCGAAUGCUAAUGUUAUAGCCUUAAUUUUGUAUCUUGAGCAGGCUGGGUCCCGUGCAUCUCAGAAUUAAAAGGAGGGCUCCCAGUGCCAAUGAUAACUAAUAAAUGAAUACAAAGAGAACCUCCCCACGUGAUGCUGACACAAAAACCUCACACAUGUACCAUGUGAAAGAACUAAAGUUUACAACCCCCCUACUCUCCCUCCCAGCUCUCUUCUUCCCCAACUUUAUGUUGUGUACAACGUCAAAGUCUCACAUUGAAUAUAACUGAUCCGUAGAAAAGACUUUGCGAUCUGAAAAUAGAGAUGAUGUAUGUACUUUUGUAACCCCAAAAAAUCUUUAAUAAAAAGCAAUUUAAAAAGUGAGAAGAGACACUCCUAGUGUCCCUAUUUUCCAGGGACAUCCCUGAUUUAGGUUUCUGAUUUGAUCCUGGGAUGUCCCACUUUUCCUUAAAGGUAAAGGUAAAGGGACCCCUGACCAUUAGGUCCAGUCGUGGCCGACUCUGGGGUUGCGGCGCUCAUCUCGCUUUACUGGCCGAGGGAGCUGGCAUAUAGCUUUCAGGUCAUGUGGCCAGCAUGACUAAGCCGCUUCUGGCGAACCAGAGCAGCGCAUGGAAACGCCAUUUACCUUCCCGCCGGAGCGGUACCUAAUUAUCUACUUGCACUUUGAUGUGCUUUCAAACUGCUAGGUUGGCAGGAGCAGGGACCGAGCAACGGGAGCUCACCCCGUCGCGGGGAUUCGAACCACCGACCUUCUGAUUGACAAAUCCUAGUCUCUGUGGUUUAACCCACAGUGCCACCCGCGCCCCUCCCACUUUUCCUUAGGAUGUCCCUAUUUUCGUUGGAGGAUAUGCCGUUCUCCUGAGCCAUCUGAAGGCAAUCCUGUAUAGGGAAGGGUUUUUUUAAUGUUUAAUGCGUAAUUAUGUUUUUAUAUUUGUUGAAAGCUGCCCAGAGUGGCUGGGGCAACCCAGUAAGAUGUGUGGGGUUGUAAAUAGUAAAAUUAUCGUUAUAGAAUGGGAUGUCCCUGUUUUCAUUGGAGAAAUGUUGAAGGGUAUGGAACAGUGCCUGCCUUCUUGUUGAAUUAAGUCCACACCAUCGGUGCCUUCCUCUGUCCCAGCUAGCACGUUUGACAACCACAGACAAUCACAUUUAAUCAGCUCAAUUUUACUUCUUGAUUGUAGUCUUACCUGAAAAGAUGGACAUGCAUUACAAUCCACACUUUUCUAAGAAAAGAUAAAUGCAUAGUUAAUGCACCUUUUUUUCUUAAAUGAGCUUUUCAAAAAAGGGGGGGGGCAGCUGUAGCUCACUGGUAGAGCAUCUGUAAUCAGAAGGUCCCUGGUUCAAACUCCAGUGGCAUCUACAAGAAGGGCUGAGAAAGAUUCCCUUGCUGAAACCCUGGAAGGUCGCUGCCAGUCCGUGUAGACAAUACUGAGCUAGUAGUAGUAGUAGUAGUAAUAAUAAUUUAUUAUUUGUACCCCACCCAUCUGGCUGGGUUUCCCCAGCCACUCUGGGCGGCUUCCAACAAACAUGAAAAAUACAUUAAAAUGUCACACAUUAAAAACUUCCCUGAACAGGGCUGCCUUCAGAUGUCUUCUAUAUGUUUGUUGUUUAGUCAUUUAGUCGUGUCCGACUCUUCGUGACCCCCUGGAUCAGAGCACGCCAGGCACUCCUGUCUUCCACUGCCUCCCGCAGUUUGGUCAGACUCAUGUUUGUAGCUUUGAGAACACUGUCUAUCCAUCUCGUCCUCUGUCGUCCCCUUCUCCUUGUGCCCUCCAUCUUUCCCAACAUCAGGGUCUUUUCCAGAGAGUCUUCUCUUCUCAUGAGGUGGCCAAAGUAUUGGAGCCUCAGCUUCACGAUCUGUCCUUCCAGUGAGCACUCAGGGCUGAUUUGAUUAAGAAUGGAUGCGUUUGAUCUUCUUGCAGUCCAUGGGACUCUCAAGCGUCUCCUCCAGCACCAUAAUGCAAAAGCAUCAAUUAGGUAGUUGUUUAUCUCUUUGACAUCUGAUGGGAGCUAGGGGGAACAGUAGCCAGACUUGGUAUAAGGCAGCUUCUUGUGUUCCUAUUAAGCCGGUUUUUGUUUGUUCUGAACAUUCCAACGUCUAGUUGAUGGCCUAAAAUGACAUUUAAUAACUGACAUACAGAAAGAGCGCCAGGAGCCACAGCAGGCAGCACCCAUGAAAUCCAGAAUCAUCUGUGUGAAACCGAAAUCCGAAGUCGCACAAGAGCCAGGUAAAUUAUUUCUUUUAUGUUCUCUUAGACCUGAUAUGCUGGUCCGCAUUUUUUAUGGUAUCAGAUAGUCACUUUAAAACAGGCACCCCCAAACUCGGCCCUCCAGAUGUUUUGGGACUACAAUUCCCACCAUCCCUGACCACUGGUCCUGUUAGCUAGGGAUGAUGGGAGUUGUACUCCCAAAACAGCUGGAGGGCCAAGUAGGGGGAUGCCUGCUUUAAACCAACUGGCACGAUAGCCUUCUGUUCAUUUCCGCCCCUCCCCCUUGCACUGCGGUGCCACUCGGCAGCACAUGGCACAUAUGGCGAAGUGCAGGUGCUCAAGGUAGCAAAUGGACAAAAGGAUGAAGGUAAUUUUGCGGGGGGAGAGCAGCGAGUGCCCAGUUCGCCCUCUCUGAGCACUUCCAACUCUGGGCAGCUUCCAACAAAAUAUUAAAAUGCAGUAAUCCAUCAAACAUUAAAAGCUUCCCUAAACAAGGCUGCCUUCAGAUGUCUUCUAAAAGUCUGGUAGUCGUUGUUGUCUUUGACUUCUGGUGGGAGGGUGUUCCACAGGGCAGGUGCCACUACUGAGAAGACCCUCUGCCUGGUUCCCUGUAACUUGGCUUCUUGCAGGGAGGGAACCGCCAGAAGGCCCUCGGCGCUGGACCUCAGUGUCCGGGUAGAACGAUGGGGGUGGAGACGCUCCUUCAGAUAUACUGGACUAAGGCCAUUUAGGGCUUUAAAGGUCAGCACCAACACUUUGAAUUGUUCUCGGAAACAUACUGGGAGCCAGUGUAGGUCUUUCAAGACCGGUGUUACGUGGUCUCGGCGGCCGCUCCUAGUCACCAGUCUAGCUGCUGUGUUCUGGAUUAGUUGUAGUUUCUGGCUCACCUUCAAAGGUAGCCCCACAUAGAGUGCAUUGCAGUAGUCCAAGCGAGAGAUAACUAGAGCAUGCACCACUCUGGCGAGACAGUCUGUGGGCAGGUAGGGUGUCAGCCUGCGUACCAGAUGGAGCUGGUAAACAGCUGUCCUGGACACAGAAUUGACCUGCGCCUCCAUGGACAGCUGUGAGUCCAAAAUGAUUCCCAGGGUGUGCACCUGGUCGUUCAGGGGCACAGUUACCCCAUUCAGGACCAGGGAGUCCUCCACACCCGCCCGCCUCCUGUCCCCCAAAAACAGUACUUCUGUCUUGUCAGGAUUCAACCUCAAUGAAAAACCUUCAGUGAAGUAAAAUAAUAGCAAUUUGUUCGGAUCUGGAAUUAAUAAGCUAUAAUUCUAUCUUACAAUAAUACUGUACCAUCUUUCGUAUCCAUUUGUAUGUUGAAAUUUAGUUAAGCUUGGCAGCUUAUUGGAAUAGAAUGUUAUAGAAGCUGAGAGAAACGAUAGAUUGAGGCUGAAUUUCAGAAAUGUGCUUUGCUAAAAGCAUAUUGCAGGUUUCAAGGUAAACUUUUAUAUACUUCCUUGGGAAUCUUAGCAUAGAUGUGAGAAGCAGCCUCGUGUAGUGGUAUUUGAACUAAAGAAAAAGGAUAUAAAUACUGCGAUUCUGUGAAAUCGUUUUAUUUGCUUUUUUAAAAAACAAGUUGAAAUCUAUUGUUGUUUUAUUUCAUAAAAUUUAUAUACUGCUUGAUUGUUAAAAAACAAAGCAGUGUUAUCAAUUUAAAAUAAUGGCCUAAAACCUAAAGGAAAUAAAUCCUCAAUAAGCUAAAGACCAGCUUAAAACAUAUGUCAACGAUCUGUAAGUCUGAAUAGGUUUAUAGGUUCUUGGGCUGGGGUCUUGUUUGGGGGGCAUUGUUGCUGUUCUUGAUAUUGGUUUUAUUUUGGAUCUUGUGAUUUCUGUGGAAAUGGUUCAGUUUAGUUGUGUAUUUUUUAAUAUUUUAUUUAUUGAUUAUGACUACUUUUGUUAUGUUGUAGUGUGUUUUUUCCACUUUUUCAAAGUAACCUUGAGCAUGGUUUGGAAAGGCAGCAUAUAAAUAAAAUUAUCUAUGUAUGUAAACAAAAGAUGUUUUCAGCAGGAGCUGAAAAGAGUAAAGUAAGCCAUUAUAAUGUCAGAAAAUCUAUGGGUCUGUAAAUAUACGAUAUUUUGUAGAAGUGUGUACCUACAUAUGUUGUGAAUGUGGCUAACAUGUAUCUGCAUGUGCAUUACAGAACAUGUUACUGCUGCAUCAUGUAUGAAUGAGUCAAUCUGUUAAAUAUGAGCUCUUGACCACAAGGUGGCAGCUUCUGUUCUUUUUUUAAGGAAGAAUGCCAAGAGUGGGUUUCACAUAGAACAGGGGUGGCCAACUCGCAAGAGACUGCGAUCUACUUACAGAAUUAAAAACUGGCAGUGAUCUACCCCCAUUUUGGGAAGAAAAGCCCUGAUUUUGGGGGGCUGUUAUGUCAAAGUUGUUGCACUUUUUUAAGGGAGGAGGAAUGCCCCGAUUUUAUGAGGUUCAGGUCACAGUUGUUGAGCUUUUUUCAGUUUCAGGGAGGAGGAAAGCCCCAUUUUUAGGGGUGUACAGGGCAAAGUUUGUUGUUUAUUCUUUUUGCUUAAAGAUAAGAUCUAAUCCAUUUAAUAUAUAUGAUACUAGUCUUCCUCUUCCCGACUAGCUGAACAGUCAGCUGCUUAAUAUGACUUACAGUGGUGCCUCGCAAGACGAAAUUAAUCCGUUCCGCGAGUCUCUUCGUCUUGCGAAGCACGGCUAUUAGCGGCUUAGCGGCUAUUAACGGCUUAGCGGCUUUAAGAAAAAGGAAACAAACUCGCAAGACGUUUCGUCUUGCGAAGCAAGCCCAUAGGGAAAUUCGUCUUGCAGAACGACUCAAAAAACGCAAAACCCUUUCGUCUAGCGAGUUUUUCGUCUUGCGAGGCAUUCGUCUUGCGGGGCACCACUGUACUAUGCAAUCACCUGUGAUCCCAGUCCUAAGUGUUGGUAGUCCCCAAAACUGGAGGGAAAGGACUAGACACAAGUACCAGUAUUUUCUGACCCAUAGACCAGAGGGUGAGUUUGAGUGAUCACUGUCUUUUCCAUGCAAUGCUCAGGAUUUGUGUUCCUUAUGCAGUGGGAUGUGCCCUCUUCUGGGUCACAGAAGGGGAUUUGACUUAUAAACACUUCCCCAUCACAUCCAUCUAUCUAUCUAUCUAUCUAUCUAUCUAUUGGGUUGUGCAGAAAUCUCACUCGCUGAAAACUUUGUGGUCAUGGAGCCAAUUAAGUAUUGGAGCCAGUCCAGUUCCUACCAAGCAAAAAAUGCAUAAUAGUGAAUAUUUCAUGGCAUUGAAAAUGAGUAUUCUGGAUCUUUUGUGUGUGCAUGCGAUACACAGGCGGAACCAAAAUGCUUAUCAACCCUUACGCAACCAAUCUAGCAAGUGCUGCAGCUUCCACGGGGAAAUGGGUAGUCUGGAGAGCAAUUGUGAAAGCUUCCAGGGGGGCUCGUGUUCUGUACUCAAAACAUCUUCCUUCCUUAGAUUUGGAAGCUAUUAUGUGUCACAGAAUUCAUUUCCUCGGUUAAUAGAUUCAUUACUUGGCUUUGCAAGAUAGUUUGCUGUCGUCUCUUCAUUAGCCAGGAAUUAUUCUAAUGAAUUACAGUACUUACUGUGGUAUAGCAAAUCCCUACCAGAUGCUUCAGCUGGAAGGGAUGAUAUUGGAGCCAACUGUGGAGCUCAAAUCAGGACAAGAAAAUGAUAAGGCUAUGGGAUUGUUUGGUUUGGCUUGGUUUUGGGGGUCUUUUUGCUGGUGUUCCAGAAGUGGCUUUAGGAAGUGGCAUUAUAGAGCUGGCCAGAAUCAGAACCUGGGACAGCUUUCAGGGACAGACUUCCAUCUGAAAGGUCUGAACAAUCCUGGGUUCAUAGUUUAGUAAUUACUCCUCCCCCUUUGAGAUAUCACUGGAGGGGUUCACACCAGACUACUUCUAGUAGAUUUCAGAGCCAUAAGACCUUCUGAGCCUAGAAAGUUGAUGAGGUUUUAGGGCCAGGUCACAACAGAGUAGAGUUGGUUACAGUACAGUGGUACCUGGGGUUACAUACGCUUCAGGUUACAGACUCCACUAACCCAGAAAUAGUACCCCAGGUUAAGAACUUUGCUUCAGGAUGAGAACAGAAAUUGUGCUCCGGCGGCACGGCGGCAGCGGGAGGCCCCAUUAGCUAAAGUGGUGCUUCAGGUUAAGAACAGUUUCAGGUUAAGAAUGGACCUCCGGAACGAAUUAAGUACUUAACCCGAGGUACCACUGUAUUAAGUUGCUACUCCGCUGUUCAGAAAAAUGAGUAGCUAACAAAGCACAUUUUGCUACCUGGGUUAUAAGGUUUGGUAAGCUUAUAAUGCCCGGUCUUCCAGUUCUGGUUUGUUGCUUGCUUGAGUAAAAACCUUUAGGAAUUUGAGUCAAAGCAUGGGGCUGAAACAAUUAUGACAGUAGGUCUUACUGCAGGAUUUUGUAUCUCUAUGUCUUCUGUAAAGGCCAGAAAUGCUUCUGUAACCUUGAGUCUGGAUUCCUGUAAUGCACCCUAUGUGGGAAUGCCCUUGGGCCUGGCUUGGAAGCUCCUGCUGGAGCAGACGGUAGCAGCCAGACUGCUGAUGGUGACACGUGGCCAACAAUAUAUAACACCCUUGUUAGAACAUCUGCACAGGCUGCCCAUUUGCUGCCAACCAGGAUGAAGGUCCUUGCCAAUUUACAAAGCCCUGAACAACUUAGGUCCAGCAAUACCUGGGGAACUGUCUAAACUCUGAUCCCAGCUCAGUCACUGAGAUCAUCUGCAGGAGUGUUGGUGGUGACAACAUCCCCCAGUUGACAAGGAGCAGCUGACCUCAGCAUGAAGGAGAACGAAACAGUGUCAUCGGCCCAGUCUUGUAGGAUCCUUUACCAACAGAGAUUCAUCGGGCACCUUCUGUUUGAACCUCUAAAGGCCUGCUGAAAAGUUUUGUAUUCCACCAGGCUUUACAUAGGCAAUUAAAAGCACACUAUUCAGUAAUAAUGAAUUAAUAAUCUCUGGUUUUAAAUUGCUAUGCGGCAUUGGUACAUAAAAAUAUUAUUGUAAACCACUUUCGUAUUUUUUUGUGAUACAGCAGUAUAUCGAUAUUUUUUUCUAAAGAAGUAACAUAAAGUAAAUGACAGGUAAUGUGGAGCCUGGUGAGGCCUUUCAGUAUAAAGUGGGAAAGUGGGGAAGAGAAGGAGAGGUGCUACCAGCUGCUGCAAUAGAAAUCAACAUUAAUAUUGUUUUCUUCUUGGUGCUACCUUGGACUCCUAUGCUACUGGUGAAACUUCAUCCUGUAGGGCCUUUGCUUUGUCAUCUGUGCCAAAUACGCUUUUAAAAACAAUUGUUAUUCUCUCCUCCUUUCCCCUCCAAAAGGCUUCUUGCCAGAAACAAGUCUUUCUCACAGUCCCUCGCAGGACCCGGACACUUACUCUAGGAUAUAGCUGGAACAGCUCUGAGCGCCCUACAUUGUGCACUUCAUGAAACUAGUAAUUGCCACUGCCUUCAUUGAGAAAAGUGAAACGGCGAGAUGGGCAAGGAUCCCGCUGGCACCCGCCUUGAGUGGCCCUGAAUAAAAGCAGAUGAGGGUGAUGCUGAGCUGGUGAGGCUGACCUGCUUUCACCCCAUCAGGCAUACGUCCCUUUACAUAAACAGGGAACCGAAAAGCAGAAUGAAUGGAUGUUUAAAGGAAGGGGCACGCUGGGAUGCUAAUGACUGCAUUAGCCCAGGAGCCGCUUAGUUACCCUUCCCUACGCUUCUUGCAAAUUAGGGCCGCAGCAGCAUGGUGCCUGUCACUUCCGAGUUGCGCCAAGCAGAAAAUAUAAAGCUGUCCUUAACUGCCCCCCGGCAUAUACAGUGCAGAAAGCUGGGGGCUAAAUUAGAGGCUGAAAAAGUUGAGCAGGUUAUAGCUGGUGCUGCGUGCGUGCGUCUGUAUGUAUGGAAUUUCAGUUGUUUCGUUUCUGGGAGUAAUUGUUGAGAUGGUGUGAUGGGGAUUCAUGAUAAAAAUUAUGUGGAGGCAGAGGGACAUGGCUGGGGGGAGGAGAGGCUGUUGGUCUCCGCCGCAAAACAAUCCACCCUAAAGGGUCGGUGAUGAAUGUGGCUGAGGAGGUGAUGGAGGCUUGGGGGCCAGGUCUGAGGUUCCCCCCUUAGCACUACCUUCAUUGGACUCAGUCCCAGGGUUCCAGAGGGAGGAAAACGUCACAGGGAGUCAUGGCUGCCUCUCUGGUGCACAACCCAAGCAGGCUCAAAGCUAAUGGCAAUCAUAGCUUAAGGGAUCCCACUGAGUUCAAUGAGAACUGGGUGCAGUGAACUUCCUCUGACCCCUGAACUUACUGUAACUUAUCUCCUGGUUCUCAUGUCUAGGAUUGCAGCAGAGGGAUGUUCCGGUACUAUAUAUUUAACUCCAACCAUGUUGGCUAGUUGCUUGUGUGACACUCCACCGUUGCCAGGCUGCGCGCAUGUGUUGUUCUGUACAUAAUCUGACAUCAAAUAGGUUUACAUUAGUUCAAUGAAACACAGCACUUAACUCAGAAAAGCCGUUUAAGAUUUUAAGUAAAAGCCAGGCCUAUUUGGGUAGCUCCCUAAUUGCCAGUGUUUCAGGGUUCCCUAAUUGCCUGUGUUCCCCCUCUCCCUCUCCCUCUCUGAAGAGCAUAAUUGUAGUUCAAGUGAUUGCUGCGCAUAGUUGGCAGGCCUUAAUGAAGGUUUCUUUUAGCAGAUUGCAGUCGUGAAUUAUUAUUUUUAUGAAAAAAUUAUAAAUAGGGAAUAUUUAAUACUAUUCCCCGUUGCUUGAGCACAGCGAUAUGCUACUUAGAAAACAUGCUUCUUAUUCCCACUGUUGUGUCCCACACAUGUACGUGGCUGCCUGGCUUUUGAAUUUAUUUAUUUUUCACAUUUAUAUACCACCUUUAUCUCGCAAGAAUCUCAAGGUGGUUGAUGUGGCUCUCCUCCUCCUCCUCCUCCCCCUCCCCAUUUCAUCCUCACAACAACAACCUUGUGAGGGUGGUUAGACCUAAGAGAUGAUGGCUGUCUCCAAGGUCACCUAGUGAGCUUCAUGGAUGAGUGGGGGUUCGAACCCUGCAGUCCCAGGUCCUAGUCCAAGGCUCUUAACCACUAAACCACCACUGGCUCUCUGGUUCAGGUGUUGACUCUCUAGUUCUCUGCUUGUCGUAAGAGCAAAAGCUUCUGAGCUCCUCCUGCCGGCUGCGCAGGAGGAGAAAAGGGAACAGAGAAGCACACAGUGUUGUGCUUGCUGUGGUUCAUGCAUGUUGCACUACGCCAGGUGCGGGUUGCUGCUCAAGUGUUGCUGAAUUCCCAUAAUCCCUGGCAGUUAGCCAUUCUUGCUGGGAUGGAAGAGAAUUAUAUGAGCCAUAUCCAGAGGACCAAAGCUUCCCCACCCUUGCACUCGGCCACAGUUUAGUGUGACAUGCUAAUCCUGUGAUGAUAAUUUGAAAAGGUAAGAACCAGAGAGAUAGUACAGGCAAAUACGGGACAUUCAAAAAAGUAUACUGCCCUUCAUCCAUUGAACUCAGGGCGGUUCACAGCAUGAAAAUACAAGAUAAAAACGCAAAAUGCAUAAUAAAAAAAAGAACAAAAAUAAAGCAAUAACCCUCCCUCCCACAAACGUAUUUAAAAGGGUACAGGAUGUUAAUCAGCCAAAUGGAAGGGACCAUUAAAGGUGUUCUGAAUGCCUGAAAAGUUUGCAUAGUGUAUCUGGCAUAAGGAGUGAACCCUGAUGUCUGUGAUAUCUUAUGCAUGGUCCUCAGAUGGAUGGUCAGUAAUGGUGAAGAAGACUCCCUGAAACCUUCCCUUGCCUCCAUACUGCCAAUCGGUAGACAUAAGAGUGUCUGCUGUAGUUAGCACUUUCAGUUGAUGCAGGGGCCACAGUGAGGUCCAGCAGACCUGGUUAUGUGCUGUGUGUGCACCUGCUAAAAAACGUAUCCCAGAAUCCUCUGGACCACACUGGGUUGUUGUGGCACAUACCUGCAGGAGUUCCUCAGUAGGCAAGUUGGUGCGAACAGGAUUUCUUGAAAGAGGGAAUACUUCCAGCACAACAAAGCCCACUUAGAUAAAAAUGGGUUCACCAAUGUUGUUGCUAUGUGGAUAACUCAUUUUUUACUGUCAAAGCAGUGAGAUGGCCACACCUUCUGGGAGGUGUUCGAGGAAAAGAAGGUCCGCCUUAUUUAGAAAUUUCCAAGAGGAAAUUCCAAGUAAAAUAAAUAUAUACUUUACAGUUUUCUUAAGGUGCCUUAAGGCAGAAGCAGAAUGAGCAACACACACAAAAAACCACACACACACACACUCGAAGCACUCUGGAGGAAAGGGGGAUCGGGAGGCUAAUCUGGACUGAAAUUAAUGAAUGUAAGAAUUAGAAAUAAAAACUCCUCAGCCUAAACAAAAGAGGAGCAAUUUCCCCUCUUAACCAGAGCCACACAACCGUUUCUUGUUUGCUUCCACUCUGGUUGACUGUUGUUGUGUUCUGCUAACUCUCUUGGGCAGUAGCUUGACUUUUGUUGAAUGAACCGAUUGUUUUCCUUUUGUGUUGCCCGUCAAGCGAGCCCCCAUCUGGUUUGCAUCAGACUGUUUUCACAGCCAACAACUGCUGCCUUUUCUAUAUCCUGACACUUAAGGGCCCCCACGCUAUCAAAGCAUUGCUGUGAGAGCCUGUCUGGCUGGACCCAUGCAGCUGUGCCCUGGCAGCUUGAAGCUAUUAGCCAAAUAAUGGCAACUUAGAACUUGAACCGGCUCUUAUUCCCAUUGGUGGUGUGUGUGUGUGUGUACACUGAACAGAAUACCGUACUGCUGAACCCCGCAAUUCAGCAGUGGGAGCCCCCAGUUCCAUCUCUUCUUUCUAAAACUUUCUAGGGUUGCGUUUUUGCUUUUUAAUUUGCAAGCAUCUGAGAGAACUGCGAUUUCUAAAACACACACAAACACAUAAACCAGGGGCACCUCCUUUAAUGUUGCUUUGAACCGCUUCCUGUGGCAUUGUUCGAGAUAAUAGUUGGUGUGGAACAAUACAAGGAGGAUUUGCUUGUUCAAACUGUCAUUUAUUUAUCUUUUAGGAUUGCCAAUGGACACAAGGUUGCUUUUGUAUUCAGGAAACUUCAAGGGCUGUUUGCAGACCCUGACUUUAUGCUGCUUCAUGCAUUUUCUGCAUGGGGAUUUUUCUUCUUCUAACACGCAGCACGGUUGGGACCCCUGGCAGCCCCUGCUUCUAGAUUGUAAAACGGCUAUCUGGUCCUCAAGGUUCAUAGGCCUUCUCUGAAUGGCUGGGCCGGACCUAUUAAAGCCCUGGAAAUCACAGCUGGCCUUAGUGAGGCUUCCUUCGGUCUGUGAUAUGACAAUCCUCUUUUCCCCCGGGGCAUCAUCUACGUGUGGAAAAGUAGGUACUGCCACUGGCAAUUAUUCAGAUAUUAUUACGAAGUCGAUGUGCUUUCUAGGGAGCAGUGAUUACUUACCGCUACUCCUACUGUACUUUUUAACACAGAGAUGUGCCUUAUGUAUGUAUGUGUGGAUGGAUGUGCCUUGUGUGUGUGUGUAUUAUAAUUGCACGUGUGUGUGCUCACUGUAGAGACAGAUUGAGAAGGCGAAGGCUCUGACAUUGCUCUUGAGUGUGUGUGUGUGUGUGCGCGCGCGCAUGGCGAUGCGAUCUCUGUCUCUCACACACACAUUUUCUUGCUCAGCUUUGAGGAAUGCUUGGAAGAGCAGCGUGAGGCCACAGCGCUACAGUUGCCAGCGCGCCAUCUGAUGUGAAAAUGGGGGGGGGGUUCCUCAACGCUGCAUUAAUUUUGUUUGCUCCUGGCACCCGUUGCGUGUAGGAUUCUUAUCGCUGUCACUUUCAGAAACAGAUCUGAUUGUCUAAAAUAGCUUCUCUCUUGCUGGCUUCCUCUGCUCCAGUAUAACACAAAGCUUGCAAGUAAAUCCGUCUGCUGAUACUCGCAAGCAGGACAGCCAAGCCGCCCCAGUUGUUUCCCUCCUAAACGUGAUUUUUCCCAGCCAUCGUGCACAUCCAUUUAAGCUUAUCCUCACAUGUCUAGAAACACUUUAAUUUUUUUUUUAAAAUCAGCUGGAACCAAACUGGAAUGUUAAAAGGCUUGUGUUGUAAGUCGUUCUGAGUUUCUGUAAGAAAAGCGACAAAUAAGUUUAAUAAAUAACAAUAUUUACUCAGGUUACUGUUAUGUUGUAUACCUCUGCCAUCUGGCGCACUUGGCCCCAGCAGGACCCUUGGAAUUCACGUGUUUACUGCCUUGAUGCUAGGAUGCUUUUCUAGCUACGGACAAAUUCUUCUAGUAGCUCAAAUGGUAAUAAAGACACCUGAUCUGUUGGCCUUGCCAGAGCUCUGGAGAGAGGAAACAGAAUUGUGCUGGGCCAUCAACAUGCUUUACGGUUUAUGAGACAACUGGACCUAAAAGCCUCUGUGGAACAGCAGGAAUGUGUACUGCUGUUCUUCGGCUUCUACUAGGGAACGUGUUUGCAGAUGGGAAGCACAGCACGCCCUCCCUCUGCCUGACUGCCCAGAGCCAUUGCCUACAUUGUGUAUUUUGGGUUUACAUUCAGCUGUCCUCUACUCGGGCAUCUACGUUGGCUGACAGUCUGUUUCUCAGUGCAAUUAAUGUCAUGGACUGGUUGGACACAGGGGAAUAAUGGGAGGAACCAGCUGGCAAACCACCAAGGGAAGAAGGCUCAGAACCCAGGGAUUGGUGGUGGGACAACAAGUGGUCAGAGACAGAAGACUGGGAGGGAGGGGAGGUGUCGGAAUCUGAAGAGGUAACAGGGCUUAGUAAGCGGGGGCAGUCUGUGGCAGAGAGAAGUCCAGAAUCAAAAGCAGAGCAGGAGAGGAGGGAGGCCAAGAGGCAGAAAUGGCUGGUGAAGAGUCAUGGGUGUCUCCCCCUCCUACUGUGACAAGCUCCCUUCCCCCUGAAUCAGAAGAGGCAUGAAGAGGGCAGAGGAGAGGUUAGUGUCAAGCAGGCGCAGUCUCGGAUUGCUUGGGGGGAAAACCCUUUAAAAAGAAAACACUCCUAAAUGACUUAGGACAUUUCAGCAAAUGUGGGAUGUGCUUCCCAGGAAGGAUCACCUGCCAUAGCCUCUGAUAUCUUUCCGGUACUGGGUCAAAUCCCAUCAAAUGCAGGACUGCCAGAGUACCAGCUAGCUGGUUUUUGUUCUGUUUUUCUUUCUUGUUUUCUAAUGUGUGUUUCCCUGUACACUCUGUAGUAUUGCAUUAUUUUAUUUUGUGCUUAACUUGCUGGUUCGGUGUUAAUAUUUUGUAAGCCACCCUCAGAGGCCCUGGCUUUAGGGUGGCAGAUACAUUUAUAAAACAGAUAGAACAAAACAGUAAUUCGAGGGAUUCUCUUAAUCUGCGUAUUAGCUCAGUGCAGAUAUUAGGGUGUGUGAGCGAGAAGGAAGCAGACUUAAUGCUUGACUUGGCUGCACUUCUUCCAGUCCCAGAAGUUUCUGUUAAAAAUCUGGGCCACUUUCCUAGUCAGCCUGGGUUGGGCUGCAGAUGAAAGAGAUGAGAUUAAAGCGAAAACACUUUUCCUUGUUUGCAUAGUUUUGACCCAAGCCCAGGCAGUAAGUGAUAGCAACAGUGCUAUCUCCUUUCACUAAAAUAAAAACAGUUUAUCCCAGUCUAAUCAUCUGCUUAUGUUUCGGUUUCUUCCCCUCUUCAUAGCCUUCCCUUAUAUAGCAUUUUUGUAUAAAACAUUAAGUUGAAUAUAAGCUACAAAUAUUUGUAAUAAAGAUUAAAGCUUCAUAUUUAAAGCCAGGGGAGGGGUGUGAGAAGUGCAGAAUAAACAAUAACUGAAAAUGGAUUUUCCCGGAACUUGGGGGUCAGUGUUUUCCCCCCCCCCAAACAACAACAAGAAAAACUGGAUGGGGAAACAAUGCAAACACGUCACUAUUGUUAUUUUAAAAAGCAAACAGAAAGGAAGCAUCUUUGGAAAGGGUCCUGAAAGAAGACAUUGAAGUCAUUUUUGUUGUCUCCAUUAACUUGUGCUUAGCAGUGAAACGACGUCGGCAGCGGCUUUCAAAUUGUACAGACAACUCCCCACUUAUGCAGGGGUUACGUUCCGAGGUAUCGCCUGCGUCAGUCAAAAGCCUGCAAACACCCCUCAACCUCUGGAAAGCCUUGAAAAAAACAGCAGCAUUUACCAGACGCCAAACUCCACCACAAUCGCUCCCUCCAAACCUCCUUGCUCAAACACCAGCUCUCCACAGAGCCACAGCUCCUGGGAUUGCACUUGCAAAGGCUUGUGGGAUGGCUAGGUGCUGUUUUCGUGCCUGGGCUCUUUGAGGGUUGUUUUUGCCAUUUUUAAAGUACUUCCAGGAUCGGCAUGAUGCACAUCAGUUGGUUAUGGCCUGUAUUUGAAAGGGACUCAGAGAUCCAUGGUAGCUCUCAAGACUUCCUCAGUGAACCCGGUUCCAGAAGGCAAAUUUGUCCACCACUGCUGAUCUUCUGCUUUGGAGCUUUCUCACGGGUCACGGAGUGAGACUAAAACCCAACAAGUCUGUCCAGAACAGAUGUCCCAUGGUUAUCAAGCGGAGAUCCUUCAGCCAGCUAGUCAAUAAGGAAAGGCAGGCCAGAAAUCUUGAAAAGCACUGCAGUAGGAAAACAGAUUAAUUUUGACUAAUUUGGUUUGUUAUAUUUCUGUGCCGCUUUUAAUUCAAAUGAAUCCCAAAGCGGCUUACAAAAAAACAAAUAACAAUACAGUAACAUGAUUACAGCACAAAUACAGCAUAUAGGAGCAAUGAAAAAAUCAUCAGUAAAACAAUCCAUAAAACACCAUCAACAAAACAACUAAAAAAAUAAGCUGAACUGAACUAUUACAACAAAAGCCAUAUUAUACAGUUAACAAAUCAAUGCUGCAUUUUAUCAUCUAUAAAACAGUAGCAACAACAUUAACAAAAUAGCAACCAAAAAACAAAACAAACCCAACUGAGUUCAUGCACACACUGUCUGUCCCUGUCCCAUGACUCAUAAUCUUUCACUCUAUUCAGUUCAUUAAGAGACACAUAUCCACGAUGCCAGUGGCAGGAAUUCCAUUCGGAAGGUUCCUUGGGCUGGAGAUGGGGCAGCGCAAGUGAGCCCAACCACCCCAUGAUGAUAGUCAAAGUCUCUAUCCCUUCACUGUUCUUCUGGAAACAGCUCCCUUAUGAUUUUAAUGGCUCCGUGGGUUCAGUCUAGGUUUUAAAAACUCUGGAUUCUGCAGAGCUCUAGAUUCUGGGUUUCAAAAGAAAAAUCGGGGUAGGGGAAAUGACAGCAGCCAGCUUUUUGCUUCUUCUGUGUACUGUAAGAAUCAGGUCUAUAUUCCUACCCUCUGCCUCCUGUUCCUUUGGAACUAUUCAAUCUGUACAAAGGCCCAUCCCUCUCAGCCCAUUUCUGUUUGUAGGAAAUCUCCUCCUCCACUGCAGCUCAGUGUGGCAUGAUCCGUGAAGGAGAAUGGGAAACCUUUUGCUUAUUGACGGCUCCCUCUCUCCAGUACUGUCCCAGAUGCUUGCGAGUAAUUUUGGAAGUGCUGGCACUCAGCCCAGUAGACUGCCUCUCCACAGACUGCUGCAAAAGCAGCUGAGGUGCGGACCUUUUCACACCAUUAAACUCUUCACAUUAUCAUGAACGUGUCUCAGUCCUGCAUGUAAAUUCUGCCGUGGUUUUAGAGAACCAUCUUGUAGCCACUCUGGGAGAACUGGAGUCACUGGUCCAGUGACCUUCAAUGGAGAGUGCAGUGUUGGACACAGGGAUAAUUGCCAUUAAGCAUUAGAUAUAAAGGACUGGAUAAGACCUGAAGGUCACCCACUUUCUCUGUUUUACGUUAGCCCAGGCCAUAGUCAUCAAGCAAAAAUGAGUAAUGAAAAGGUAUCUCCUGCGGCAAACAUGGUUUGGUCUGGCAGAAAGACGUGAGUUAAUUCCAAGAAGCUGUGUGCUACACUGGUUAGAGUGUUCAACUAUGCCUGGGGGGGGGGGGACUUUUGUCAGUCCAAGGGUCAAAUUCCCAAAUGGGCAGCUUUCUGAGGCCCACAUGCCACACCCAGCCUGGACCUUAACCUCUGUUGCUUGGCCCCUCCCCAUUAUUUGUCCUGUUAACAUCUUUUGCUGCUCCAGUUUAACCACCAUCCAGAGAUUUUUUCUCCCUUGCCGCCCCCUAUGAUUCAAACUGCCUCUGGUUGAGGCUAAUCUGACUUCCUUAGGGCCCGGGACCUCUAGGGUGUUGCUAUUUAUAGACCUUAAGGUCCUCCAUGGGGCAUACCAGGAGAGGCGGUCCCAUAGGUACGAGGGUCCUAGGCCGUGAAGGCUUUCCGUGACUUUCUGUGACUAAUAACCCCGAUGGAUUUUCUCUACCUCCAAAGCUGGAGGCAGCAUCCUUCUGAAUACCGGUUGCUGGGAACUGCAGUGGGGCAGGAGAGGGCUUUUGUGCUCAGAUCGGACUUUGGGGUUCCCGUAGACGUCUGGUUGGCCUCUAUGAGAACAGUAAGCUGGGCUACAUGGGCCAUGGGCCUGAUCCAGUGGUUCUUAUGUACUGAUUCCAGAUGAGAAAGAUAAAGGACCCCUGGACAGUUAAGUCCAGUCAAAGGCAGGGUGCAGUGCUCAUCUCACUUUCAGGCCAAGGGAGCCAGCAUUUGUCCACAGACAGGUUUCCGGGUCAUGUGGCCAGCAGGACUAAACUGCUUCUGGCGCAACGGACCACCGUGACAGAAACCAGAGCGCACGGAAAAGUCGUUUACCUGUACCUCCAGACAAGAACAGGGGUGAUGUUAGAGAGAGGACCAGAUGCUUCAAAAGGUGUUUUUCAUUUCUCUAUCAGGGAUGUCAGGGUGGGCAUCAGGAACAUGUCAGCAAUAACUCACAAGGUGUCAGUGAACCUAACUCUUUAUUCAAAGAGUGCCUAGUGAGCACUGCAACUCUUCCCAGUAGGUCUUGCCCCAAUGAGUCAGUUGCAAGGACUAAAGGUCCCUGCCUUCCCACAGCUCUCUUAAGACUCCUCCUCCUGGGGGUUCUUCCCAAGCAAUCUGAGACUCUGUCAUCUUGCCUGUCUCUACUCCACCCUCUUCAGACCUCUGAGGAGACCAGUGGGUCAGAGGAGCUGGUCACAGCAAGAGAGAGAGACCCCCCUGGCUUCUUCAGCCACCUGCCUCAUCUCUGCCUCGUGGCCCCCUCCUCUCCAGCCUCCAGUCUCUUGACUUCUCUCUGCCACAGCCUAUUCCUUCUCACUAAACCCUGUUACCUCUUCAGCUUCCAACACCUCCUCCCAGGCUUCUCCCUCUGACCACUCAGUGUUAUCCCACCAGCAAUGAGCUCUGAGCCUUCUUCCCUUGGGGGUUCCACAGCUGGUGCCGCCCACCAUUCCUCUGCAUUCGGCCAAUCUGUGACAGGGGACCCUUUCAAAUUCCACUUUUUGGUCUGCCAUGAAGACAUUCCUCUCUACUCACCGCAGAAGAUUCUGGGGCAAAUUUGCUUCAUGCUAGCCAGGCCUGUUGAGCCGCUCUCUCUGUUGAUCUGUGGGAGCUGAGAGCAUAAGAUUCUGCAUUUCCUGAUAUAAUGGCAGUGUGGCAUGGGCCCUUUUGUUUCAGUCCCUUUCCACUGCUGUCACACACUGAAAGGACAUUGAGCUGAAAUGCACUAUGGCCCUGAGGCCUCUCUUCUUAUAAACUUCAGAGGAAACCCAAGGUUCUCCAGAAUAUAAUCCAAAAUUACCAUAUUUUUUGCACCAUAACACUCACUUUUUUCCUCCUAGAAAGUAAGGGGAAAUGUCUGUGCGUGUUAUGGAGCGAAUGCCUGCGGGUGGCGGGGGGGAUCUGCUGCAGUCGUGAGCAGAGGAUCCAUGGUUCCCCUUCCUUCCCUCCUCCAUGGUUACAAAGCAUGGAUCCACAUGGAUCCUCAGGAUUUUUGCAUUGGGCUACUCCAAACUCACUGUCAGAUCACAUGCAUGAACCACAAAAAUCAUAUAUCCACUAUUUCGUUUAGAUUUUUUCUUUUCUUGUUUUCCUCCUCUAAAAACUAUGUGCAUGUUAUGGUCUGGUGCGUGUUAUAGAGCGAAAAAUACGGUAAUAAGUUUAAUACAUGGGUAGGCAAACUAAGGCCCGGGGGCCGGAUCUGACCCAAUCGCCUUCUCAAUCCGGCCUGCAGACGGUCCAGGAAUCAGCAUGUUUUUACAUGAGUAGAAUGCGUGCUUUUAUUUAAAAUGCAUUUCUGGGUUAUUUGUGGGGCAUAGGAAUUCGUUCAUUCCCCCCCCCCCAAAAAAAAAUAUAGUCCGGCCCCCCACAAGGUCUGAGGGACAGUGGACCGGCCCCCUGCUGAAAAAGUUUGCUGACCCCUGGUUUAAUACAUGGUAGUUUGUAGCAUUUUAAGACUGUUGUUAGAUCCCUUUCAUUGUAUGCUGUUUUCACUUGCAGCCAAGUGAGCAUUUUCAGCAGUCUUCAGUCUUUAUCUUUUGUGAACAGCCAUUAGAUCCACAGCUUUUAGGUCCACUGGGAAAAUGCUGUUAGGCAUACAUGUAGCGCAUUAGUGCUUCUGGAAGCAUCGCUUUCGAAAACCGUUUUCACAAGUCAGGCAGCUGCUUGUGCAUCACGAGGCCCAGAUUUUCCUUUCCUUUGCAACAGCAGCCGGCAGUUCUCAUUCAACCUUAAAAUAAAAGGAACAGCACAGCUCGAAAGAAGCAGGACACCAAACCACUUCUCUGCAAAGAAAGGCUCUAAAGGGUUGGAGACCCUCUCAUUCUGGAAAGACGCAACUGAGAAAGGAGGAAGCAGGCCAGCUGGAAAGGAGCUUCGCAGCAAGAUCUCCAAAUACUCUCCUUGUGAAUUGCUGUUUUCCUUGAGAUCUGUGACUUUCCACAUAGUUGGUCCAAGAAGAGCCCAUUGACUUUUCUUUUUAAUAAAGUGUCUGUUCCUUUUCUCCUGGGAGUUGCAUGACCCGCCAGGGUGUGCACCCCAGCAUCUUUCAGAGGCAGUGUAAGAAUUUUUUAAUUGAAUCCGGCCUUUCAUGGCAUGUGACUCUCGUUUGCUAUAUUUAUAGGAUGUUAUAUCAUUGCCAUGGAGAGACAGGCACGCUCUGCCUCCAUGCCUCUGCUGUUUUCCAAGAGACAGCAGAAACCCAUAUUCUUAUCCAUGGCUGUGCUGAGCACCUGAAAUGUCAGACUUCUUAGCAUCUUGAGCAAGAGCAGCUUGGAUAGUUGACCUCACUGCCUUCCUUGAGAAGCCUUACCAAAGUGCAAAGGCACGGUUCGUUUCGCUGUCCGUCAUGCUAAAGAAACUUGGGCUGGCCUGGUGGCGAGGAGACCCUGGGAGGGGAGCAGGAAGAGCCAAGUGGCCUCUUGCUGGUCACUUUAGAAUGGGUCAGCAACCUUUUUCAGCCGUGGGCCGGUCCACCGUCCCUCAGACCAUGUGGUGGGCUGGACUAUAUUUUGGAAAAAAAUAGGAACAAAUUCCCAUGCCCCACAAAUAACCCAGAGAUGCAUUUUAAAUAAAAGGACACAUUCUACUCAUGUAAAAACAUGCUGAUUCCCGGACCGUCCGCGGACCGGAUUUAGAAGGCGAUUGGGCCGCAUCCAGCCCCCGGGCCAUAGGUUGCUUACCCCUGCUUUAGAAACUCAUACCCGUUGCUUGUCUGCCGCUUCAAUGCCAGGGCUGAUCUGCUAAUUAGUAGUCUCCGAAGUGCAAUACAGAACAGACUAUAUGAAUCUGAGCUGCCGUUGCAUAGCCACAGUAGAUAAUUAAGCAGGGGAAGAGUUGGUAAAUAUUAUCCCUCUAGGGUUGAGGGAAAAUGUUAGUUGCUAUGCGUGUCAGUGAAAGAAGCAAGAUUAUUAAUGUAGCAUGCCUCAGUAGUAAUGCAAACUGCGCUAGAGACUUGGGUUUCGUACUUCUAAGGACUCAGGGCCCCGGCGCUCUCAACUGAUACUUCCUUUUGGUUUCUUGCACCUUGGGUGGGCAAGAUGCGCAGCCAGUCCUGGUUUCUUCAUAUAACAAUAGCUGCCUGCUCUGGAUUUCAGUUUCAGGUGAGGUUAGUUGAGCUUGUGGCUGAGGGGGCUGCCUUAUGAAAGUCAGAUGUGAUGGACAUUCAAGCUGCUGUGCACAUCGAUCCAGUAGAAUGACGAGAGUCUAUGCUUUGUGCAAAUUAGCAGUCGGAAAAGAAGUCCAAAGACAAUAUAUGAUUCUCUAAAAUGUUUACUAAAUUCAUAUCCUGUCCUUCUUCCCAAAGGGGCCCAGGGCAGCAAACAUUCAUGAUUUUAAAAUGUACAAUAAAAAAUGCUUAGAAGCUCUUUAUGACAUCUUAAAAGAUGCACAAUGAAAUUUUUAAAACAAUUUUUAAAACAGAUGUAACCGGAUUGUAACCAGACAUCAUCGCUGUACUCUUUUCACAUCAACAGGCAGAGAGUUCCAGAGCACAUUAGUGUCAAUUGAUGGUUGCCACACUGGUGUGCAGAGAACAGGAAUCAUAUCAUAGAAACAUAAGAAGCUGCCAUUUCCUGGGCCAGCUCACACAUGUGUGCCCAAGACUCACGUGUGCGUUCUUUGUCUCAUCUAUGUUCAUGGAGUACAUCAGACUAGGCAAACGAUGGUUUUCACUUACCCUCCCAAACAAACUUGCAAACCGCAAUUUGAAGUGGCCCCACUAGAGAGAUGGGCAGAGUUAAGGGGGUCGAGUGGUCUUUAGCGAUUAUAGUCAUGGAUGCUUGUAAUCCUCAUACGGUACGGUUUGAAUAGCUUAACAUUUCUUCUCCUAUUUUUGGAUUUGGAAGAAACUAGCCCCUCUCCUGUUUAGUGUUUGUCCGGGUUACUAGCAGUGUGGGUGGCUAACAGAUGUCAGAGAACACACCCAGGAAAAUCUGAGUCAACAAUUCAGCUGCCUGCAUAAAAUCUUCUGGCGUUGUCUUCCCAUGUGCCGAUGCGGGAUGUUCCAAACAGCAUGCGCAGGGCCUCAUGGCGUUUUUACAUACGAAGAUGAUGAAAUCAGACGGCAGCUUUAGCACAUCUUGCAUUUGUUCGCUUGGCUCAGCUUGGAGUCGACUAAAUCUUCUCUCUGUUUCAGGGGGAGAAAUGGCACCUGAUUUAAGUUUCCUGCCUUCGCCAGCAAAGAUGUCUACAAUUGUACCAUCUGCCAGCAUAGACGACCGAAGCUUCAGUUCUGUCCACGGUAGUGCAGAUUCGUCAGGGGCAGAUACGUUUUGAAGUGUGCAUGUGUAUUUGUGACACAGACGCAUGAGCUGGGAAAGGGGAGCGUUGACAGCUGUUUGUGCGGAAACAAUACACGGUGCAGAAAUUGCAUCAACCACAUGUUUUGACAUCGAAUUAAUUGGCUUGCCUUUCAUCACUAGAAACUUUUUAUACGUGUGUGUUUCUUACAUGUGAAAUAUGUACACUAUUUUUUUAACAAAUUAAAUAUUUUAUUUUUAAAAAUGAAUUUCAG